UCUUGGUUUAAAGAAUCACGGGGACAAGACUUUUGACGAUGACUUGAUUUCUGCCGACUGAUUGAACUGAACCGCGGUUACCAGCAGAAUACUGCGCGUAUUGCGGGGCGAAAGAGAUAAGUGCGAGUGAUUUGCUCCAGUCCGUCGUUUGUGAGAGAGUUUGUUCGUUAAAUCUCGGCGAGUGACAAAACGCGAUAUAUUGAAAAAAAAAGAGAGGCAAAGAGAGAAAUACAUUAUAAACGAAGAUCUCUGUAGAUUCUCCUAGAUUAUAGUUAGCAGUUCAUUAAGCCACGAUUCUGCCGUUCGAACGACUCGUGACUUUGUCGGAUUUCUCGAUCCAAGAUGAAGCGACAACAGUCUCAAGAACAGCAAAAGCUACAACAGCAACAACAAAUCAUGCAGGAACAACAACAACAACAAUACAUCCAGCAACGGACGGAAAGACAAAUCACGCGGCAACAGAUCACCAGUCAGCAGAGAGUUCAAGGGGAGAUUGUAACGCAAACGACGCCAACGGUACCAGUAUUUACCGGUAAACCUGGUGAUCCAUCACCGCCGAUUUUCGAGCGAAUCUUUAAAAAUGCGAGAUUCGCGCAGGGCGGCAACGCGAUCUUUGAAGGCUGCGUUCGAGGCAAUCCGAAACCAACAGUUUCUUGGACGCACAAAGGAAUACUGUUGCUAGAAUCGCGAAAGAUUCGUAUGUCUUAUGAUGAAUAUACUGGAAUUGUCACACUUCAAAUUAAUCAGAUUGGUCCAGGGGACGAGGGCGAGUACACGUGUAGUGCAAAGAAUCAAUAUGGCGAAGCGAUUUGCUCAGUUUACAUACAACCAGAGGGGUUCGGUCCUCCAGCGCAACAGCUGACGGAUAGCUACAAGAAGGAAUUUACGCAAAACAUUCAGUCGAGCGAGCAAAAAAUGCAGACCGGCAGUCAGGUCUUCCAACAACGCAGUUAUCAACAAACAAUAGAUAAACGAAGUUACGUUAAUGGCACGACUACGAGCAUCGAAGAUUUUAAGGUUGAUACUUUUGAAUACCGAUUAUUGCGCGAAUCGGAGUUUCGCGAAUCGAUCACUCGCCGUUUCGUGGAUGAAUCCGAUUUGCAAAUUUCUACGACAGUUGAUCGUACCUUAGGACCAAUUGCCCCUCCGCAAAUCACUCAGAAACCGAGAAACUCGAAACUCGUCGAAGGAUCAGAUGCCGUCUUCACCGCGAAAAUAACCGGCAAUCCUAAGCCAAGGUUAACAUGGUUCAAGAACGGCCAGAGAAUCCGUGAUACCCAACGCGUGGAGACGAGUUAUUCGAAUCAGCAGGCUACCUUACGAAUCCGAGUCGCCCUGCCGGAAGACAGCGGUCAUUAUACAUUAUUGUCCGAAAAUCCCCAAGGUUGCACUGUUAGCUCCGCUUACCUGGCAAUUGAGUCCAGUGAUCAAGUAGAUCAAGUUCCGUAUCAAGCGCAUCAAAGGGAAUUCAUUAAGACUCAACAAGUGGAAUCGACCGCCGAGUCUACUGACUCUGGCAAGGUUCUGCCACCGAAUUUUGUUCGCACCAUUACGGACAGAGAAGCUACCGAAGGCAAGAUGACGCGAUUUGACUGUCGCGUAACUGGUCGUCCGUAUCCCGAAGUCACUUGGUACAUAAAUGGUCAACAAGUCGCGAAUGACAUGACUCAUAAAAUCCUCGUAAAUGAAUCCGGUAACAAUUCAUUGAUGAUUACGAAUGUGAGUCGUGCUGACGCCGGCAUAGUAACAUGCGUCGCUCGGAAUAAAGCUGGCGAAACCUCCUGUCAGUGCAAUUUGAACGUUAUCGAGAAGGAACAAGUAGUCGCGCCGAAAUUUGUAGAGCGUUUUGUCACGACAAGCGUGAAGGAAGGAGAACCCGUUGUCUUUAUGGCACGCGCAGUUGGCACGCCGGUUCCACGCAUCACGUGGCAAAAGGACGGCGUGCCAAUAACGCCUGGCUCCGAAAUACGUAUAUCGAGCGACGGUAGCGGAGCUUCUACCUUGGAUAUUCCAUGCGCCAAGUUCUCAGAUGCAGCCUGGUACCAGUGCACCGCUCAAAAUGUAGCCGGUUCCACCGCAACACGAGCGCGACUCUUCGUCGAGACGCCAAAAGGAACGGCCCCGGAACCAAGACGCCUGAACUUACCCCGACCAACGAAAGUCAUCGAACCAGAACCAGCGCCUGGCCCCGAAGUGAUUUAUUUGAGACACGUGGAACGUGCCAAGCCUUACUUGCCGCCUUCUGAAGAAGAUAAGAUUUAUCCGCCGCCACGUUUCAUUAUACCCUUAAAGGACGUUCAUCAAAUCGAAGGUGGACGAAGUCACUUCGAGGCCAGAAUCGAACCGGUGGGCGAUCCCACAAUGAGGGUGGAGUGGUAUGUUAAUGGCAGAGCACUCGACGCGAGUUCCCGGGCGACUUCCAUCUUUCGUUUUGGUUUUAUUUCACUCGAUCUCAUUAGCAUUGUUCUUCAAGAUAGCGGCGAGUAUUUGUGCCGUGUCGUAAGCUCUACCGGAGUCGCCGAAUCUCGAGCCACCCUCAGCGUAACCCCACGCGCCACGAUUGAACAGGCGAGCCAAUACCCCGACAGUCUCCAGUACAUCCAGCAGCUCGAGGAUUACAGCAAGUACCAAAGGCAGGAGAGCGUGGAGGAGACCUCUUCACAGCGGCCGGUUUUCAUCCGCCCGCUCCAGGAUCUUGGUGAGCUACAGGAAGGUCGUAACGCCCAUUUCGAGGCGCAAUUGACGCCUGUUAGCGAUCCCACCAUGAAAGUGGAGUGGUACAAGGAUGGAAAACCAAUCACAGCCAGCUCGAGAAUCACUAGCAUCUUCAACUUCGGUUACGUCUCACUCAAUAUAAUGCACCUACGGGUUGAAGAUGCGGGUUCUUAUACCGUCAGAGCUGUGAACCGCUUGGGAGAGGCCAUCAGCUCCGCGACUCUCCGUGUCUUUGCGCGAACGAGCGUAACGACAGACUUGGGUAUCCCCGAGCAACUGAGAUACAUCGAGGCUGCCGAGGAAUUGGAAGCGUAUCAACAGGCGAUGCACCAGAAGUACGUGCAGGAGCAGCCUGAACCGAGUAGCCCACCGGAAUUUAAAUCGCCUAUUAAAGAUCAGAGCGGCAUACGAGAAGGCGGAUUUGCUCAUUUUGAAGCGCGCCUCGAACCAGUCGGUGACGCCGAUCUUCGUGUCGAGUGGCUCAAGGAUGGACGACCUGUAGAAGCUAGUUCCCGAAUUACAACCUUCUUCAAUUUCGGUUACGUGGCGCUGACCAUCAAAUAUGUAACGAUACACGAUGUCGGCGUAUAUACUUGCCGAGCUUACAACAGGGCUGGCGAGGCUCAUACUACUGCUCAAUUAAGCGUAAUUAGUAAGAACGAUGUUAUUUACGAUAGUCAGCAUCCUACCGGUCUUCAAAAAAUUCAAUCUCUCGAAGAUUCGAGCAGAUAUUCGCGACAAAUUCAGGAAGAAACGCAGGUUACGCAGGCACCACGAUUCCUGGGCAAUCUUAAAGGCACGAAUAAAAUCGUAGAGGGUCAACGGGCGCACUUUGAGGCGCGUGUAGAACCUCAAAGCGAUCUGAGCAUGAAGAUCGAGUGGUACCACAACGGCAAACCUAUCACUGCCGCUAAUAGAAUUCAGACGUAUCACGAUUUCGGAUACGUUGCCAUUGACAUUCUUCAAGUUCGUCCCGAAGAUGCUGGCACGUAUACCGUUGUGGCUAGAAACUCUCGCGGGGAAGCUCGUUUAUCCGCCACCAUGACCGUAGAGACGCGUUCUAGCAUAGAUACUAGUAGCAUGCACCGCGGCACUUACGAAAAGACUCAACGCUUAGAAGAAUCCAAGUUCAUCGAACCGCAUUAUCAUAUCGAAGAAAUCUCCAAAUCAAAACCGAUCUUUAUCCAGCCAUUGAGUGAUCCUAAGCCGGUUAGCGAGGGCAAGAAUAUUCACUUGGAAUGUCGCUUGGAACCAAUGGGCGAUCCAACGAUGAGAGUUGAAUGGUUCCAAAACGGACGUCCGGUCACGGUUGGCUCCAGAUUCAGGACUUAUUAUGAUUUCGGAUUUGUCGCACUCGACAUAGUACACGCUACCGUUUAUGAUUCCGGCGAAUAUACUGUCAGAGCCACUAAUCAUCUGGGCACCGCGCAUACUUCCGCUUGCGUGAGAGUCAUCGGAAGAUCCGACGUCGUCACCGAAACGCAGAACGAACAAUCGCUCGAGCAGAUACAAAUGUUGGAGGACUCAUCGAGAUAUCGCAAAACUCAACAAGAGGAAGUCACUGUGAUGCAAGCACCUCAGUUCACUCGACCUUUACACAACAUCGAAACGGUGGAACUGACCAACGUUCAUCUCGAAUGUCGUCUACAGCCGGUCGGUGACGUAACCAUGAAAGUCGAUUGGUUCGUCAACGGCCGACCGGUAAAAACUGGUCACCGAUUUAGACCAUCUUACGAAUUUGAUUACGUGGCUUUAGAUAUCCUCGGCGUAUAUCCUGAAGAUUCUGGCGUGUACACCUGUCAGGCUAGAAAUCAACUUGGCGAGGCAGUUACUUCGUGUUCUGUAAGAGUACAUGCAAAGAAGGAUUUAAUUCUGGAAUCUCAACAUCCUGAAGGAUUGGAAAGGAUACAGUACUUGGAGGAUGCUUCUCGAUACAAGAGACACGAACUCAUCGAUGAGGUUGUGAAUGUAAAGCCGAAAUUUAUUACAAAACCGAAAAAUCAGGAAAAUCUUCGAGAAGGACAACACGCUCAUUUCGAAUGCAAAUUGGAACCGGUAACGGAUUCGAAUUUGAAGGUCGAGUGGUUCAAGAAUGGUCGUCCAGUAACGAUAGGACACCGUUUCCGUCCGAUUCAUGACUUCGGUUACGUUGCAUUAGACGUAAUUGAUUUAAUCGCUGAGGACUCUGGAACUUAUACGUGUCGUGCCGUUAAUCUGGUAGGCAGCGACGAAGUGAACUGCAUCUUAACAUGUCGCUCGGGCGCGCAUAUCUUAACAGAUACGCAAAAUGAGCUUGGACUUGAACAGAUUCACUAUCUCGAAGAUAGAUCCAAAUAUCACAGACAAGAAAUUAUUGAAGAAACCACCACUCAGGCUCCCAUUUUCACGACUUCAUUAAACAAUGUCGAGAUAAAAGAAGGUCAGCGAGCUCAUUUCGAGUGCAGACUAAUUCCAGUGUCCGAUGCAACGAUGAAAAUUGAAUGGUUCCACAAUAAUAAUCCGGUGAAAGCAGGCUCGAGAUUUAUCGAAACAAAUAGCUUCGGUUUCGUCGCUCUCGAUAUUAUGUAUGCAUAUCCCGAAGAUUCUGGAACAUAUACUUGCAGAGCUAAAAAUAUUAUUGGAGAAGCUAUCACUUCUGCAACCGCUAUCGUUCACUCCAAAAAGUCAAUCUACACAGAGACUCAAAGCGAGCAAACUCUUCAACGUCUUCGCACCUUGGAGGACACGUCUCGUUAUCAACGUAAAACAACAACCGAGGAAAUUAUUACACAAGCUCCUGUCUUCACGUUGCCGAUAAAAGAUCUCCGUGUUGCUGAGAAUCAAGCAGCGCAUUUCGAAGCACGUGUCAUCCCGGUUGGAGAUCCCAAACUCAAAGUGGAAUGGCUGCGUAAUGGAGUUUCCAUUUCAGCCUCAAAUCGUGUAACGACCAUGCACGACUUUGGAUACGUCGCUUUAAACAUGAAGUACGUCAAUCCCGAAGAUUCAGGCACUUAUACGUGUCGUGCGACAAAUGAGCUCGGAGAAGCGGUUACUUCAGCAACACUAUUCGUUCAAUCCAAGGCAGCCUUGCAGUUUGAAUCACAACACGAAAACGCUUUGUCGAAACUCCAAGCCUUGGAAGAUACCUCAAAAUAUCAACGUCGUGAGGAAGAAGAGAUUGUUGUAAAAGAAAAGCCAUCCUUUACGGUCCAGUUGAAUGGACCUACCAGUCUAGUCGAAGGUCAAAGCGCACACUAUGAGUGUCGUAUAGAACCUUAUCCUGAUCCCAACAUGAAGGUGGAGUGGUUCCACAAUGGCAAACCAUUAUCCACCGGUCAUAGGUAUAGAACUACCUGUGACUUUGGAUUUGCGUCGUUGGACGUGUUGACCGUAUAUGCCGAAGAUUCGGGCACAUAUACUUGCCAGGCUACCAAUAAAUUGGGAUCGGCGAGAAGUUCGAUUAAUCUCGACGUGAAAUCUCGAGCAUCGAUUAUUCGCGAUACACAGCAUGAGAGCGCAUUGAAAAAGAUACAAUAUCUUGAGGACGAUUCGAGAUAUAAGCGCAUAGUCGAAGAAGAUACAAUUAUCGCGGAGAAGCCUGCUUUUGGACGACCGCUGAAGAAUAUUGAACACUUACCGGAAGGCAAAAACGCCCAUCUUGAAGCUACAUUGACUCCCGUGAACGAUCCGACGAUGGUCGUCGAAUGGUUCAGAGACGGGCGUCCCAUUCCUCAGGGACAUAAAUUUAAAACGACCUACGACUUUGGAUAUGUCGCUCUCGAUAUUCUUUACGAAGCGAGUAAUGCCGUCGGUGAGGCUGUUACUACUUGUGUGAUCAGCGUGGAUUCAAAACAAGGUUUAUACCUCGACACAUUGGAUGCUCAACGUUUACAAAAGAUUCGAGAAUUGGAAACUGUUGAAAUCAAAGAAGAAGUCGAAAAGGAGGUUAUUCAUCAGAAACCUGUUUUCUUGACACCGCUAAACAAUCUGGAUCAUCUCAAAGAAGGCGAACAUGCUCAUCUGGAAUGUCGUGUGGAGCCAAUUAACGAUCCAAACUUGAAAAUUGAAUGGUUUGUCAAUGGAGUCGCAAUUAAAACUGGUCACCGCUUCCGCACUACACACGAUUUUGGCUACGUGGCUCUCGAUAUUCUGUAUACCUAUCCCGAAGAUUCCGGUACUUAUAUGUGUAAAGCAACCAAUUUGGCCGGCGAAGCCGUUAAUACCUGUACUAUUAAAGUCAGUUCACGACGAAGUAUUCUUCUGGACACCCAACAUCCGGAUGGUUUAGAAAAGAUUCGAGAAUUAGAAGCCCAGGGUCAUCCCGCACGGUUGGAAAUUGAGGAACCGCCAGUAACACCACCAAGAUUUGUCACCGAGCUUAGAGGCACGACUGAAGUAUACGAAGGGCAAACCGCUCAUUUCGAGUGCCAAGUGGAGCCUCUGCAUGACGCUAAUCUGAGAAUUGAAUUCUUCCACAACGGUAAACCUUUACCAUCGGCGGCGCGUUUCCACGUGACCUUCGAUUUUGGAUACGUGGCAUUAGAUAUCGGUCAUGCCGUACCCGAAGACGCAGGGCAAUAUUCUGUACGUGCGAUAAACGCGCUAGGACAAUGUGUGUCGUCCAUUGAGCUCAAGGUAAUCCCACGAGAUAGUAUUAUUUUGGAUUCCCAACGACCCGAAGGAAUGGACAAGAUCCGGGAGCUCGAAGCUCAACAGCCAUGGAAACGACCGGAUGUACCGGAGCCUCAAACUCGGCAGCGUCCUGUCUUCACUCAACCAUUACAAAAUAUCGACAAUAUCGCCGAGGGUCACACCGCGCAUUUUGAAUGCAGGCUCAUACCCGUGGGUGAUCCCAUGCUUAAAGUGGAGUGGUUUAGAAACGAAGUGCCCUUGGAGACAAGUUCGCGAAUUACAAAAGUACAUGACUUUGGCUACGUAUCUCUGGACAUCGCUCACGUACGUGACGAAGACGAAGGUGUUUACAUGUGUCGCGCUUCUAAUCCGUUGGGUGAAGCGGUUACAACGGCUUCGAUGAAGAUUAAAACCAAGGCCAGCAUACAAUUAGAUACUCAGCAUCCGGAGGCGCAACGUAGAAUCGCUCAAUUGGAAACCAAGGAAGUCGGGCGACCCGAGGAGCCGGAAAAGGUCUUUGAUAAACCGAUUUUCACGCAAUUAUUAACCGGGCCAACGGAACUCUGGGAAGGACAAAUGGCUAGAUAUGAAUGUAGAGUCGUUCCUGUCGGCGAUGCAAAUUUAAAAUUCGAGUGGUACAUGAAUGGAGUCGAAUUAAAAAUGGGUUCACGCUUUCACGUAAAUCACGACUUUGGAUACGUAACGCUAGACAUUUUGAAAGUUAUCCCCGAAGAUUCCGGCGUCUAUACUUGCAAAGCGAUCAACAAUGCAGGUGAGGCGGUUUCAUCGAUUUCCUUGAAAGUAAAAGCGCGUUCGGCUAUCGCUUCUGAGAGCAUACAAGCAGAUGCGUGGCAAAAGAUUCAAUUGAAGGAAGCAGAGAUGAAUAAGGUACCGGAAAUGUUUAUUGACACGACACCACAACAGGCACCAGUUUUCACCAAGCAUCUCGAGAGCUUCGAUAAACUGGUAGAGGGUCAACGUGUUUAUUUAGAGGCUCAGGUAGAGCCGCGAGCGGAUCCCAACUUGAGAGUAGAAUGGUUUAAAAAUGGUAUGCCUCUACAGACUGGAACUAGACUUCGUAGUACGUUCGAUUUCGGUCUGGUAACGUUGUCGAUCAACGGCUUGAGAUCCGAUGAUUCCGCAAUUUAUACUUGCAAAGCGACUAAUCUCUUGGGAGAGGCUGUGUCAACUUGUAGCUUAAAAAUUGCCGAUCGUCACUGGUUAUUGGGAGACACUUUGCAUCCGGACGCUUUGUCGAAAAUCGAUGCCUUGGAGCAGCCUCAGAUAAUUUCUACUGAACAACCGGAACCUAUUUACGAAGAACCCGUCUUUAUCACUCAUCUGAACAACGUGGAGUGCAUUGAAGGUGAUAAUGCUCACUUUGAAUGCAAUGUAGAGCCAUCAAAAGAUCCAACUAUGAAGAUUGAAUGGUUCUUGAACAGUAAACCUUUACCGACCGGUGCAAGAUUUAAGAGCACUUACGACUUCGGCUACGUGGCUCUGGAUUUAAAUCACGCUUACGAAGAAGAUUCUGGCAUAAUUACUGUAAAAGCUACAAAUUCGAAGGGAAGCGCGCAGACAUCAGGUACUUUGAAAUGCACCAGCAAACAAAACAUUUAUCUGCAAACACAACAUCCACAAGGGGAAGCCGGACUUGAAAAAGUGAAAGAAGCAGAAGAUGCUUAUCUGUCAAAAUACAAGAGACCGGAGGAAGGUCCUGAACACGAAUUUCCUAAACCGAUUUGGACGGUGCCACUUAAGCCUGAGUUUAAACUGGGAGAAUCCGAACCGUUACAUUUGGAAGGACAAGUCGAACCAAAAGAUGAUCCCAAUUUAAAAAUUGAUUGGUAUUUUAACGGAAAACCUUUAGAACAUGGUUCGCGCUUCAAAAUGACUAGCGAUUUUGGAUUUGUUACUUUGGAUUUAACGGAUGUUUAUGAGCGCGAUUCCGGUAUUUAUACCUGCAAGGCUUAUAAUAAAGCGGGCGAAGCCUUUACAUCGACGACGAUUUAUUGCUCCACGAAAGAAAAUAUCAUUGAAAAGUCGCAGCAUCCCAAAGGUAAAGAAGGUCUCGAAGCGAUCCAAGAUUUGGAAGAAUCCUUGAAACGACAAGAAGGAAUUCCACCAGGAGAGGAAGAGGGUCAACCACCGAUGUUUACGUCGCAAUUUGAGAAUCUAACUAAUCUGUCGGAGGGAGAGAUCGCUCACUUUGAAGCAUCUCUCAUCCCUACUGGUGAUCAAACCAUGGUAGUCGAGUGGUUUUACAAUGGCAAAGCUUUAGAAGCCAGUCAUCGUACGAGAACUGUUUACGCUUUCGGUAUGGUUGUUCUUGAAGUUCUCGGCACUAAAAUAGAAGAUUCGGGUACUUAUAUCUGUAGAGCCACCAACAAAUGGGGUAAAGCAGAGAUCAGCGUACAGCUUGAAUGUAUUGACAAGUCUAAAGGACAGAAGCCUAAAUUCACAACGCAUAUACAGUCUUUGGAGGGUCUAAAAGAUGGACAAUCGGCUCACUUCGAAUGUACUCUCAUCCCAGUGGGAGAUCCUCACAUGAAAGUUGAAUGGUUCCACAAUGGAAAACCAUUGCGGCAUUCUUCGCGUUUUAAGAUGGUUUCCGAUUUCGGUUUUGUAGUUAUGGAUAUCGCCGGAGUGAUGUCUCACGACACUGGUGAAUACGUUUGCAAAGCUAGCAACAAGUAUGGUGAGGAUUAUACAAAAGCUACAAUCAAGUGCUUUGGCAAGAGCGGAGUUUACUUGGAUUCUCUGCAGCCAGACUCGCUCGCUAGAAUACGGGAACUCGAAAGUUACACCGGAGAACAAGUGACCACUCCUACGACUCCCGUCGCCGAACCGCCGAAAUUCAUCACGCAAAUCGCUGAUAUUACAAAACUGGUAGAGGGACAGUCUGCACACUUCGAAGCCAGACUGACCCCGAUAAACGAUCCCGAUUUAAAAGUCGAGUGGUAUUAUAAUGGCAAGAAACUUCCUCACGGCCAUCGAUACCGUACCUUCCACGAUUUUGGUAUUGUUAUCCUGGACAUACUUUAUUGUUACGAAGAGAAUUCCGGAGUUUACGAAUGCAGAGCCGUCAACAAGUACGGCGAAGAUUCUACGAAAGCAUCGCUCAAAUGCUUCUCCAAGGCUAAUCUUAUUUUAGAGUCGCAACUUCCAAAAGGCAUGGAAGGCGGUCUAGAGAAAAUUCAAAAUCUUGAAGAUUCAAUGAUACGUACGAGAGACGAAAAGACUGUAGAAGAACGUGGCAAAGCUCCAAUGUUUACUGUACCUUUAAGUAAUAUCGAUGGUCUACGCGAGGGAGAGAGCGCGCAUUUCGAGGCACGAUUAAUACCUACAGACGAUCCAAAAUUAAAGGUCGAAUGGUUCUGGAACGGUAAACCAUUGCGAACGGGAUCUCGUUUCCGCACUUUUUGCGAUUUUGGUUUCGUCAUUUUGGAAAUUUCUCCCAUUUAUCCUGAGGAUUCGGGUGAAUAUAGUUGUAGAGCGACGAAUGAUUACGGUGAGGCGGUGACAACGUGCACUAUGAAGUGUACGGGGAAACGUAGUAUUAUUUUGGAGUCUCAGCUACCCAAAGGAAUGGAAAGUACGAUUGAUAAGAUCGCUGAAUUAGAAGGCCUUGGAACCGUUCCGGGUCAAGCCAGUCCUGAGGAUGACACCGGGAGACCACCCGAAUUUAUUACGACUCCUUCUGAUCUGACUUUGGCUGAAAACUCUCUUGCUCACUUCGAAUGUCGACUGCAGCCAAUUAAUGAUUCUAGCAUGAGAGUUGAAUGGUUUCACAAUGGCAAGCCUCUUCUCGCUGGUAGUAGAAUCAAGACAAUUCACGACUUUGGUUUUGUUAUUCUGGAAGUUGCAAACUGCUAUCAACGCGACUCCGGUCUAUACACCUGCAAAGCCACCAAUCGCCACGGCGAAGCCACGGUAUCGUGCAAACUUCAAGUCCGCGGACGUCAAGGUAUUAUCUUGGAGCCACAGUUACCGACCAAUUUCAAAACCGGUACGGAAAGCAUUCAGAAAUUGGAGGAGUCUUUGUACAAGAGAGAUGAGAUCCUAGCAGAGGAAGAAACACCGAAUCCACCGAGAUUCACCGUCGAACUUAAAGACAUCGAAGUUGAAGAAGCCGGACCGAGCCAUUUCGAUUGCAGAGUCGAACCUGUGGGUGAUUCUACUAUGCGCAUUGACUGGUUCCACAACGGCCGGCCCUUCGCGACCGGCUCUCGAGUUCAUCAAAUUAAUGAUUUCGGAUUUAUAUCACUGGAUAUGUCGUAUACAUACGCGCGAGACAGCGGCGAGUAUGUCUGCAGAGCCACUAAUAAAUGGGGCUCCGCUACUACCAAGGCCACCAUCACUUGCAAAUCCAAGAAAACGAUAGAUUUCGACUCUCAAUUGCCAACGGGAAUGAGCGGAGAGAAGCUGAAGGAAUUGGAACGAGGUCCAGUAUCUCAAGCUCCCGCGGAAGAAGCGCCACGACAACCGCCGCAUUUCAUCACGCAGAUUCAAUCAGCAACCAUCGACGAAGGUGAACCGGUCAGAUUCGAAUGUCGUGUGGAGCCCAAGGACGAUCCUAAUUUACGCAUCGAGUGGUAUAGAAAUAGUAAAUUGAUACCCGCUGGGCACAGAUAUAGAACGGUAUACGAUAUGGGAUUCGUAUCGAUGGAUAUCUUGUACGUCUAUCCCGAGGAUUCCGGUGAAUACGUUUGCAAGGCCAUCAAUGACCUCGGAGAAGACGCUACUCGAGCUGCUAUAUCCUGCAAAAAAUUACCAAGCAUUAUUCUGCAAAAUCAAGUACCCAAGGGUAUGAAGAAAUCCGAGGCCUUGAUGCAAAUGGAAGCGACAAUUAAAAAGUAUACGUCGGAAAUUCACUUAACCGAGGACGAUCUAUAUGACGCGGACAAAAAACAGCCGCCUCGCUUCGUCACGCAGAUUCAAGAUCAGACCGAUCUCGUUGAAAUGAAUAGCACUAAGUUUGAAUGCCAAUUAGCACCCGUGGGUGAUCCAAAUAUGAAGGUUGAAUGGUUCUUCAAUGGAAAACCAUUACCUCAUAAGAAUCGAUUUACGCCUAUCUACGAUUUUGGCUAUGUAGCGAUGAACUUUGGUUGGGUCUAUCCAGAAGACAGUGGCGAGUAUCUAUGCAGAGCUACUAAUCUUUAUGGAAUGGACGAGACCAGAGCUAUAAUCAGAACUGCGGGAAAACCUGGAAUUAUCUACGAGUCUCAGCUUCCGAAAGGCAUGAAAAGUAUCGAGAAGAUCAGAGAAAUGGAAGCAGCAUUUCUAAGCGUACCUGAAGAGGAAGGUGAAGAAGAGAAAGUACGCUCGGCGCCUGUUUUCGUGAGUAAACCAGAAGCGGUAACCGUUGAAGAAGGCGACUGGUCCAGAUUCUGCUGUCGGGUCACUGGAUAUCCAAGGCCUCGAGUUAUGUGGAUCAUCAAUGGCCAUACAGUAGUUAAUGGAUCUCGCUAUAAACUAACAUAUGACGGUAUGUAUCAUCUCGAUAUCCCGAAGACCAGACAAUACGAUCACGGCAAGGUGGAAGUGAUUGCAAGAAGCUCCGUUGGUGAAACACGUACAGAAACGACUUUAACGGUUAAGCAACGAAGUGACGACUAUCGUGGUGUAUUGAAAAAUUCUCCAAGACCCUGGUACGAUUAUGGGCUAACACAGUACCAAACCGAGCGACAGAACACAGAAUUGGAGCGCGUGUUCGAUGAACGUCACCAAAGCGUUUCCCAAGGCAUCGAAAUUGCCACCGAGCAUCUUGGUCAUAAAGUCAUUAAAGAGCCCGAGACUGAAUGGCAGAAAUCUGUCAAGAGCAAAAAGAACGAGGACUAUUAUAGUAAGCUGAUGAGCCUUGAAGAGGAACAAGUGCUUAAAGAAACCAGAUUAAGGGAGACCUCGCAUCAGUUUGCUAUUCCUGGCGAAAAAGUCGUUGCACAUUCUCUAGCAAAGGGAAUGGCUCAGAAAUAUGAAGAGAAUUUAGAGGAACAACCUCAGCAACCCGUGGAAACAUCUCCAAAAUAUGUAAAGAAACCAUUCGUUACCGAAGUAGAUAUAGACACGGAACGCGUUGAAGCUGCUGGAAAAUAUCCUCCGGGUCCGUCCGAAUCCACAAUUCAUGGUCGCGAAGUUCACGUAGCUAAGCAAAAACAGACGCAAAAGGAAGUCAAGGGUGACUUGGAAAUAACAAGAAAGAUCACAGCAACGGAAACUACAGAAGUAGAACACAAGGCGAAGACGCAGGAACGUGUGGUUCAAGGGCAAGUGAAACCUGCCAAACCGCCUGUCUUCACGAAAAAAAUUCAACCGUGCAGAGCAUUUGAGCAAGAACAGGCGAAAUUUGAAGUGGAAUUCGACGGCGAUCCGUUACCGACCAUCAAAUGGUAUCGCGAAGAUUUUCCCAUACAAAACUCGGCCGAUCUCCAAAUUUACACCUUCAGCACCAAAUCGGUAUUAAUUGUCAGACAAGUUUUUAUGGAAGACUCCGGCGUCUUUUCCGUCAUUGCUGAGAAUAGAGGAGGGAAAGCCAAGUGCAGCGCCAAUUUGGUCGUGGAGGAACGUAGAAGGCAACCUGGACGAGGUGGCGCGGUGCCACCCAGUUUCUUAUCCACGAUUCAAUCUACUUCUGUAGCCACUGGACAACUUGCCAGGUUCGAUGCGAAAAUUACUGGCACCAAGCCUCUGGACGUUUACUGGCUCAAGAAUGGCAAGAAGAUAACGGCAGAUAUCCGUUACAAAACUUUAGAAGAGGAUAACACGUAUACACUUCUAAUCUUAGAGACGAUACCGGAGGACACUGGCAAGUAUGAAUGCGUUGCAAUUAACAAUGCCGGAGAAGCGCGUUGCGAAGCAGAAUGUACCGUUCGCGGACCUCAAUCGCCGACAAAAGUUGCAAAACCCACGACGCCGACGGUGGAAAAAGCGCCAACUGUUUUGGAACCAUUAAGAGAUCAAACUAUCAAAGAGGGAACGUCCGUUGCUUUCGCUUGCAGAAUUACAGGAAAGCCUGUUCCGACUGUGCAGUGGAAGAAAGCCGAUAAGGUGAUUAAACCGUCAAAGUACUUCCAAAUGCAGAAGGAAGGCGAUUUAUGUACUCUGAGAAUUUCCGAAGCGUUCCCCGAAGACGAAGGUGUUUACAAAUGCAUCGCUAAAAAUCCCGCUGGUGAUGUAACGACAUUCGCCAAUCUCAGAGUUCUCGCGCCCGAUACAGCUGAUGUUCUGCCAAAAUUGACACCUCUUAAGGACCAAAUAGUCGUUGAGGGACAGCCUGCUCAAUUUAAGACUCAAGUGACUCCGACAAAGCCUAAGCCGACAAUUCAAUGGUAUCGAGAAAGUGCCUUGAUCCCACAAUCACCAGACUUCCAGAUGAUUCACGAAGGCAACAAUGCGGUGCUACUUAUAGCAACCACGUACGAGGAGGAUACUGGCACUUUCACCUGCCGUGCUACAACUUCAGCCGGUACCGUAGAAACGUCCGCCAAACUCAUCGUCAAAAAAAGAAAAGAAGCCUCUUACGUGGUUUCCGCAGAAACGGAUGCCAGUAUAGAAAUAGAUGCAAAACUUCAGCAAGAUUUGAAAGAAGAUAUCAUUUUAAAAUCUUUAGUUCUUGACGAGAAUGGCUUACCGCUUGAAGUACCGCUUCAACCAGGUGAUGAAUCGCUACCCUGGAGAAAAGAGCGCGUUCAGCAUCGACCUCGAAUUAGUGACUCACUUCCAUGGAGGAAAACAAGAUCGAGAGACUCCUCUUUAGACAAGCUUCGACCUUUCGAAAGUCAAAUUAAACCAUGGACUGAGGAAGAAGUGACUUUGAAAAAAACUCCCAAAAUUAUCAAAGAUGUAACUAAAGAAAAACUGGAAGAGGUUGAAUUGAAGCCGACAAAGAUUGAGAAAAAAGAAAUUCAUAGAUCCGAUCUUGAAACGAUUCAACUAAAAUCUGUGCCUAAAGAUGUAACAAAUAUUGUAGCAACCGAAAAAGAAGUUAUACGUAGCGAUGAUACUACGAUUGAACUUUACAAAGAGGAAGCAGAUGCUCUUCUGCUGAAAACAUCGCAUCGUUUAGAUGAAAUUGUGUCGAGAAAAGAGAAAAGCAAAGGAGCAAAAUCAUGGACAGAGGAACAAAUUGCCUUAAAGAAAACGAAACCAAAGACAAAAGAAAUUCUAGAAAUAGAUAUUGUAGAAAAGAUGGAUUAUAUCGAACAGGAAGACAGUUCUUUACUUAAAAUUUCAAAGGAUGAGGAAACGCGUAGAACUAAAAAGGAAAAGUUUAUCGAAGAAAAACCAGAGCAACUCAAACCUUGGACGGAAGAGAAAAUUGCUCUGAAAAAAGCAAAAUUAGAAAAAAAAGAGAUACCUAAGGAAACACUCGAAACCAUUACACUGAAACCUUCACAAACAACAAAAAAAGACAUUGUAAAGCCAAUCUUAGAAAAAGAUCUUAAGCCGAUUUCAAAAAAAGAACCUGAAAUAAUUUCAAUAGAAAAAAUUACGCCCCUCGAUGUUUCUACAGUCAAAGAAGCGAGAAGGGCGAGUAAAGACGUGACAGAUAUAGAUAAGACAGAUAAUCUAAAACCAUGGACAGAAGAGAAAAUUACUUUAAAGAAAUCUAAAGUUCUCCAAAAAGAAAUAGAAAAAGAGGUUAUAGAAACGGUGGAAUUAAAACCAUCUAAACUUACUAAACUGGCAUUUAGAAAACCGAGUUUAGAGAAAGUAGAUUUAAAACCUGUCACAAAAGAAAAGCCAAGUAUUACAGAAACCUUUAAAAGAGCUGACUACAUUGAACAGGAAGAUACUACAUUACUUCAGGUUUCAACUGAGUACGACAUUGCCAAACUAAAACCAACAAAACCGCAUGUAAGCGGAAAAGCAAUACAAGAAGAAAAAGAUGACGUCAAAGCUAUGGGAAUAUAUGCUGAAGAAGAAGAUACAACUUUACUUACAUCGGAACGUACAAUGUCGGAAACUACAAUUAGCACUGACAAAAAAAUAAAGAGACAAGAAGAAACAUUACAAGAAAAGCCACAAUUAAAGCCAUGGACAGAAGAAAAAGUAAUUCUGAAGAAAACAAAACCAGAGCAAAAAGAAAUACGCAAAGAAACUUUUGAGGAAAUAUCAUUAAAACCAGUAUUAAGAAUCGACAAAGAAAUAACAGCGAAAGAAGAAAUAACAGAGAAAGUCGAUUUAAAACGUGUUAAAACAAAAACUAUGGAUUUGACGGAUAUUAAAGAGCAACAAGAAAAAAUACCAUAUCACGAAGAAGAAGAUAAAAUUAUUAUUAAAACGGAUAAAGAUAACGAGUCAAUUAAGAAAGUGAAAGGUAAGAAAAACGUUGCAGAAAGUGUACCAUACACGGAAGAGGAAGAUAUCACGAUGAUUGCCAUCGAAAGAACCGACGAAACAAUCGAGAAAUCUAUGAAGGAAGAAGUACCGGUACCAUGGAUUAGAGGGAAAAAAGCAAAAGAAAGAAAAGAAGCUGAAGAAAUAAAACCAAUUCAAAUAACUAAACCUGAAACUGGUUUGGAAGAAGAUAAAUCUAUAGAGAUUUCAGAAGCUCCAUGGCGUCGUAAAUCAAAGCCUUCGGCGAUUCAAAAGAAAAUUUCGGAAGAAUCAAUAAAAGAUGAUACUAAAGAAGUAUCUGAAAUAAUUUGGCGAAAACCUAAAAAAGAUAAAACGAUAAAAGCCGUUAAAGAAGAACCACAGGUUGAAGACUUUACAUCCGUUGUAUUAAAACCGGCAAAACGAUAUGAAAAACCUGAAGAACAGAAAUCAACAGAAGAAAUUGUACUAAAACCAGUAAAACGAAUAUCCAAAGAGGAAGAAGUACCAGAAACAAUCACUCUUAAACCGGUUAUAAAGGAAAAAGCAGAAACAAAAGCUUUACCUGAAAAAGUCGAAGAAAUCAUUAACGGAGAUGUACCUACUGAAAAGGUAGAUUUACCGUGGAGACGUGGAAAGAAACCAACGCAAACUGAGAAGAAAUCCGAAGAUAUUCGAUUGAAACCAGUGAAAAGGAUAGAGAAACCCGAAGAAACAAAACCUGAGAAAAUAGUUUUGAAACCUGUUACAAAGCUUCCUAAAGAGGAAAAAACAAAGGAAUCAAUUGUUUUAAAGCCAAUAGAAAAAGAAAAAGUCGAAGAAAAACCGGAAGAAGUUCGAUUGAAACCAAUAAAGACGAUAAAGAAACCCGAAGAACCGAAACCUGAGGAAGUCGUAUUAAAACCUGUUAAAAAGCUUCCUAAAGAGGAAGAAAUAAAGGAAUCAAUUGUUUUAAAACCAAUAGAAAAAGAAAAAGUCGAAGAAAAACCCGAAGAAGUUCGAUUGAAACCAAUAAAGAGGAUAAAGAAACCCGAAGAACCGAAACCAGAGGAAGUCGUAUUAAAACCUGUUAAAAAGCUUCCUAAAGAGGAAGAAACAAAGGAAUCAAUUGUUUUAAAACCAGUGGACAAAGAAAAGGUCGAAGAAAAACCCGAAGAAGUUCGAUUGAAACCACUAAAAAAGAUAGAGAAACCCGAAGAACCAAAACCUGAGGAAGUCGUAUUAAAACCUGUUAAAAAGCUUCCUAAAGAGGAAGAAAUAAAGGAAUCAAUUGUUUUAAAACCAGUGGAAAAAGAAAAAGUCGAAGAAAAACCCGAAGAAGUUCGAUUGAAACCAGUGAAAAGAAUAGAGAAACCUGAAGAACCAAAACCUGAGGAAGUCGUAUUAAAACCUGUUAAGAAGCUUCUUAAAGAGGAAGAAACAAAGGAAUCAGUUGUUUUAAAACCAGUGAAAAAGGAGAAAAUAGAGGAAGAACCUGAAGAGGUUCGAUUGAAACCAGUGAAAAGGAUAGAGAAACCCGAAGAACCAAAACCUGAGGAAGUCGUAUUAAAACCUGUUAAGAAGCUUCUUAAAGAGGAAGAAACAAAGGAAUCAGUUGUUUUAAAACCAGUGAAAAAGGAGAAAAUAGAGGAAGAACCUGAAGAGGUUCGAUUGAAACCAGUGAAAAGGAUAGAGAAACCCGAAGAACCAAAACCUGAGGAAGUCGUAUUAAAACCUGUUAAGAAGCUUCUUAAAGAGGAAGAAACAAAGGAAUCAGUUGUUUUAAAACCAGUGAAAAAGGAGAAAAUAGAGGAAGAACCUGAAGAGGUUCGAUUGAAACCAGUGAAAAGGAUAGAGAAACCCGAAGAACCAAAACCUGAGGAAGUCGUAUUAAAACCUGUUAAGAAGCUUCCUAAAGAGGAAGAAACAAAGGAACAAGUUCUUCUAAAACCAGUUGAAAAAGGGGAAUUCGAAGAGAUAAAGUUAAAAUCCGCACCUGAAAUAGUAUCAGAGAAGAUGAUUGAUCAAUUUCUUGAAGACAAACCAGAAGAGGUAACUGCGGCUCCUUGGCGGCGUAGUAAACGAACGAAAAAAGUCGUUGAUUUCAAAGAAGAAGUUACAAUAGUGCCAAUCGAUCAAGAAGAAUCGGUUACAGAAAUUUCUGAAGAAAGAGAAACAACAAUAAUUACAAAAGAUACUAAAAAACAAAUUAAAAAGAAAGUGGAAUCUGUGCCAUCUCGUGAAGAAGAUAGAAUAAUUGAAGAUGUAAUUGCAACAAGCGAAAUUUCAUGGAGAAAAAAGAAACAAGAACAAAAAGUGAAAGACUCAAAACCAGAAAUUAAACAAUUGGAAGAACAUAUAUUAGUUCCAGUUAAAGACGAGAAAUUACCUGAGGAAAUUGAAGAGAAUACGAUUCAAUUAAAGCCGGUUCCCAAGAGGAACGUAGAAAAAGAAGCAGUAGAGGAAAUUAAAUUAAAACAAGUGAGUAAAGAAGAGGUGACAGAAGACAAGCCUAAGGAAGAGAAAAUUAUUGAAUUAAAGCCUAUAACAUUUGAGGAACAAGUAGCAAAAUUGUCAAAGGAAAAGGAUGAAGCCAUUAUUAAAAUUAUUAAAACAAAAUCUAAGAAAAAGGAAAAAGUGCCCGAAGAAAUUGUUCCUAUUAUUGAUGAAAAGAAAGAAAAAAUUAGUACUACAACUGAAGAAAUCAAAGAAAUUGUUGAAGAUGUCAAGUUACAAAUUAAGACAGAUAUCACAAAAAUAGAAGACCGUAAGAGAAAACGUAGACCACGUACUCAAGUCGACAUAUCUAUUAUGGAUAAGGACAAAACUAUUGCUCCACGAUUUAUUCAAAAGUUACAGCCUGUUAUCGCUGAGCUAGAGAAACCUGCCAAAUUUACAUGUACCGUCAUAGGAAACCCCUUCCCCGAAAUUUCAUGGUAUAAAAAUCAGCAAGAACUUCAUGCAAGUGAAAAGUAUACAAUGACUAUAUUCGAAACAACAGCAACUUUAGAAAUUAUAAAAGUUAAAGAAGAAGAUGCUGGAAUGUACUCUUGCAGAGCAUCUAAUCCGGCUGGAGUUGCAACAUCCACUGUCAAUCUUGUGAUAUUUGAAAAAGAAGAGGAAGGCGUAGCGCCGCAUUUCUCGACACCGAUCAAACCGCUAAUGAUCGAAGAGCAUACACCUGCUUUAUUAGAAUGUGUUGUCACCGGCAUACCAGUACCGGAAGUGAAAUGGUAUCGCGGUGAGAAAGAAAUAAAACCAAACGAAAAAACCGAGAUUACUUUCAACCCAACAACUGGGGAAGCUAAGCUAAAAAUUUUAGAACCAACACCUCAAGAUGAAACAAUAUAUCGCGUUCGUGCUGUGAAUAAAUACGGUCGCGCUGAAUGCAGAGCUAAUUUGGUGAUCAGUAAUAUUGUUAAAGUAAGCAAACCGGUUGUUCUCAGAGCACCACGAAUUACACGACCUUUACCAGCUCUUGUAGCAGAGCGUGGCAAGCCUUUGAAGCUUUUAGCUGAUUUUGAGGGUACACCGAAACCGGAAGUCAAAUGGUUCCGCAAUGGUAUUGAAAUUACGCCAACUGACAGGUGCAAGAUAAAUAUUUACGAAAGUACAGCCGAAUUAAUUGUAUCUGACGUGACGAAAAAAGAUAGCGGCAAAUAUGAGAUUAGAGUCCAGAAUGAAGCCGGCGAAUCGAGAAGUUCGAGUUCUAUCAAUAUCAAGGACCGCGAAGACACUACAAGCGAGGUGAAAGCACCGAUGUUUGUAAAGCCGAUCCAACCUCAACUCGUUGCAGAAGGAGAAGUUGUUAUUAUGGAAACACGAGUGGAAUCAUAUCCGACAGCCUCCUUCCAAUGGUUCCACGAAAGCAAACCUCUUGAGUCGACGCCGCAGGUGAGAAUCGUCACUCAAGAGAAUCGAUCGAUCUUAAUGGUGAAACAAGUCACACCGGAACUUGCCGGUAGCUAUACCUGUCGUGCUGAGAAUGUUGGUGGCUCAGUCACUUGUACAGCCAGCGUUAACAUGACAGAAACAAUAUGGGAAGAAGCAAUUGAAUUAAUUUCGCCGACAUUUGUUAAGAGACUCUCACCUGUAAGAGUUAUGGAUGGCGAAAGUGUUAAUUUAACUUGCGUCGUUGAAGGGAGACCGAUACCCAGAGUAGAAUGGUAUCAUAAUGACAAACCAAUUAAAGAAGGCAAAGAAAUUACGAUUGUCCAGGAUAUGGAGGGUGUCUGCAGCCUAGCCAUUACCGAAGUAUUCCCAGAGGAUGCUGGAGAAUAUACGUGUCGUGCUAUAAAUCCUGUUGGCGAGGCUGUCUGCAUAUCAUCGCUUAUCGUUGAAGCUUAUGAGUACGUUCCUGACUCGGAAAUUGCAUCUUCGAUAAUGGCAACAUCCCUUACUACAGGAUCAGAAGAAGAUCUUUUAUCCCCGAAAGAAACUCCAAUCUUUGACAGUGACAUAGAAGAAUCCGCACCGGAGAUAAUUAAGCAGCUUCCUCAGUUAGUUCCUACCAAAGACGGGGAAUUAACUAGACUGGAAGUGAAAGUGAAAGGUAAACCAAAACCGGAAGGCAAAUGGUAUAAGCAAGGCGUGGAAAUUGUCUCAUCACAAGAAUUCCAAAUUGAAGAAUUUGAAGAUGGUACGUCGGUGCUAACGAUCGCUGAAACUUUCCCCGAUGAUACCGGUGAAAUUGUAUUCGAAGCUCACAAUCCGCUUGGUGUGUCGACCACGACGACAUAUUUAUCAGUAGAAGGUAUACUGGGCACAAAGGAGUAUCGGAAACCAGAAUGGGUCACACAGAUGGAAAAAAUGCAAGAGGCUUUAAAAGCCACGCAAGCUGUUCCACGAUUUAUACAAGAAAUAACGGAUGUCUACACAAAAGAAGGAAAUGUUGCUUUAUUUGAAUGUGUCUAUUCUGGUAAUCCCAAACCAGAUGUUGUUUGGUAUAAGAACGAUAAACUUAUAAUGAAUACGGAAAAUGUAAAAAUACGUAUAUUCGAUGAAGAAAAUAAGACGACUCUAACGAUUAAACGAGCUACCAAAGACGACGAUGCUACAUAUGUUUGUAAAGCUACCAGUGAAAUUGGUAUGAUAACAACUAAAGCCAAACUGCAUGUCGAUACUAUAAGUGAUUCGGGAUCAAUGCCGGACGAUCUAAUCAAAGAGGAAGAAAAAUUGGAUACAAAACCGAAAAAACAAGAAGAGAAACCGCACAAAAAGAAAAAGACCGAGCUAAAGAAAGCAAAGGAAAUUAAAGAAAAAGUAAAGGCUGAACGUGUCAAGAUUGAGAAGGAAGAAAUCCAUGAAGAGAAACUUAUAUCCAAAGAACAAACGGAAGAGAAGAGAAUUGUCGAUGUCGAAGAAACUCAAAUAUUGGAAACCACAGAAAUUAUAAAAGAGAAACCCGAGGAGAUUUCUAGAGCACGAAGAAUAGUACCGAUCCAAGAACCGAUUGUGACUGAAGCAACAGCUUCUUUGAAAAAAAUUGAUGAUCAAAAACCGCGAGAGGAUAUACCUAAAAUCGAGGGACGUGCCAAAAGAAUUGUUGAAGAACGAGAAAGUGUCGUUAUAUCAGAAAUCACGAGCGAGGAUACUGCUCCCGAUUUCACCGUCGAAACAAAGCUUGAUCGUGCUCAAAUUACUUCGGAAACUUUGCAGAAAGUGUCGAUCUCCGAAACACACGUAGAAACAAGUGUUCAAGAAACGAAACGUAUAGAAACAAAACAGAAAAAAACAAAGAAAAUGAAAGCGGAAAAGAUUAAAGAAGAUAUUACCGUACAAGAGAUUGUGGAACGACAGAAGGAAAGCAUAGCUCGCGAAGUUGACGAAAUAAUGGAAGUACUUGACGCAAAAGAGUUUGGCCCUGGAGAGUCUCCCCUUCGAGAACUUGCGACGAUUGGUUACCUGGUUCGACAAGGUGUUUCUGUGAAUGAGAUCAACGAGUGCCUUUACAGAACUGAAAUCUUUCCCGCUUUAAAAACACCCGACGCUCAAAAUGCUUUGGUUCAGCUGGUGGAAAGAAAAGGUCACGGCCCAUUGAUCACUCAAGUGCUCACCGAAGAAACGACGACCGACGAGAGCUUCGUUGCAGCAACAGUUGGUUUCCGUGCUUUCAUGAGGAUGGUCGAGCUUCAGCAUGCUACUGUGGAAGAGGUCAUCACACACUUUGCUCCGGAAGAUUUCAGGCCACGUGCUUGGGAAGUUACGGAAGUUACUGAGGUUGAGACUGGACAACAUGCUACAGAAAGAGUGGAUAUCGUUCGUAAAAUGGAGGUUCAUUUUAUGGAGAGGAGAGACGAAAGGAAAGCCACUCACGCGCAGGAUAUUCGAGAAAUUAAAGAAUACGAGGACACACGGCAGGCACACACAACACUGCGCAAACGCAAAGAUAGGAAACCAAGAGAUCAGAUCGAAGAAACAACACAAGAUAGGGAAGAGGGGGUUCAAAUUGUAAAAUUUGAGGGGAUCGAGGAGAUUGAAAAGGAAAGAAAAAAGGAAACGGAAGAAAUCGAGGAAGAGAUUAUUGAACUUGAACGGGAUACAAAGGGCAGAUUGAUUCGUAAGCAAAAGCAAGACAUAGAAAAGCAGAUAGACGUAGAAGAGGAGGAAGAAAUGAUUAAAAAAGUUAGAAAAACAUUAAUGCCAAAGAGAUCAGACAUUGAUAAAGACGAGAUACAACUGGAAGAGGUAGAAGAAUUUGAAGUAAUAAAGAAUAAAUCAGUGCCAUCUAUUGCUUUGAAUGUGUCUAGUCAACGUAAUCAAAUAAUACCUUUAGAUCGUACAAUCGAGCAAGCACCUGGUAAACCCGAGUCGGAAAAAGCAAAAUAUACUUUAGACACUGUUAUUGCGUUAACAGAACAGACAACGUCGGUACACGAAAGAGAGAUUGAUGAAGUAAUGAGCAUCAAGCCCGCCGAACGUAAAGCGUCGAUAUUAAUCUCGUCGAUUGAACCAUAUUCUAUCACAGAAACUACUGCACAGAUAUCUACCAAGGAAUUUUCGGGCACUUUUAAAGCCGUUUCUUACGAAGCUACGCCUUCUAUAAUAACGAAAGAAAGUCUUCUCGUCAGUGAAACAUUAACCCACGACGACGAUGUAUCGAAUUUAACUUUGGCCCAAUCGGAAACGAGUAGAAAGGCAGAUGUACAAUUUACCGUGCAGGAAGCUACAACUAUCAGCGAGACCAUAAUCAACCAAAGUGAAAUACCAACUGAAGAUUUCGUGACGCCCUUAGGUGUUAAGGCAGAGGAUACCAUUUUACCACAGAUAGAACUCUCGGUUUAUGAAAUACAGGAAGGUUUGAUUGAAGAGAAGUUGGAACCUGAGAAAAUGAUGCUUACAAAACCACGAAUUAAUAUUAACGCGAUGGAACCGAUACUAGUAGAAGAAAUUCGUCCCGAAGAUAAACCAGGAAAAUAUUAUCCGGAGUUGAUAGUGCCCACUGAAAUCGCUACCGAAACGGUGAUCUCGCAGAAGCAACGCGUCACUGAAGAGAUGAACGCGCCCGAAAAGGAAGGAACGUACAUUCCAGGUAGAUUACCGCCGAGCCAAACUGUUCAGAUCGGAAUCUCAUACGGGAACGAAACUGCUGUUAUUCAUCACGAUCUCGUACAGGAGCGUGAAGGCGAAUACGUUCCCGAUCGUAAGGUAGAUUCUUUCGAAGCUAUGCCAAACGUCAUUCUUUUGGAAGGUGUUACGAUUUCAACAAUCAAUGCGCAACAAAAAGAAGACGAUUUAAUGAUCGAAGAGAGUAAACAGGUCACGGCGGAUUUCAACAUCGUUGAAAUUAUAUCGGCUGUGACAGCGGAGACAUUGACUUCUGAAAAGGAACGAGACUAUCAUUCCGAGGACAAGCCCGCUACUAAAUUGGCUAUUACAUCGAUAUCGCCAUUGGAAAUUGGUUCUAUAACAGACACAAUUGUUCAAGAAUCUGCAGGAUUCUACAGUGCCGAUCAAAAACCAUUCGAAGCAUUGGCGGAAACGUCGGUUAGACCGGAGGAACACAUUUUGAUAUCUCAAGUUCAAACUGCAGAUUAUCCCGCAGAUCUAAAAGAUACGCUCAAAUAUAUCUCGGAGAGCGGUGUUAUAUCUAUUCAAUUGACGGAAGCGAAAACUGUAUUCGAAACGCUCGCUCACGAUCGAGAGGCUACUAUGGACGAGGAUGCUCAACCGGAAACUCAUACGGUCAACACGGUAUACGAUGCGAUCAGGGGUAUCGAGAUAUCGCAAACUACUUCUAUAGAGAAAGAGACCGAAUUGAAAAUCUUUGAGAUGCCUGAAUCGCAUCGCGGCAAAACAGUACCUACUCAUCCAAUGAUCUCACUCGAAGUUCAGGAAACUCAACCAGAGAGUAAUUUAGGUGAAGUAACGAAAGAAGCGUUAUCGAUCGCCACGGCUAAAAUCGAAGCGGUCAGUCUGCAGGAAACAAUUGUUGACGAAACCGUUACGGCAGAAGAUGUAGCUCCGGCGGAAGAAGAUAAGAAUCCCGAUACUAGAACCGCCGUAGUUUCAAUGGAUCAGAUCGAAGGCUUACAUACUACCAUGAUCGUUGCGAGCGAGAAGGAAACCGAAUAUGUUGAAACAGCCAGUGUUAAAGGUGCGUUUGCGAGUACUGAAUAUACAACGCAAGUGGCUCCAAUAUGUGAACAAGUGAGAACAGAGUCGCCGACCGAAGAAUAUCUAGCGGAAGACAAACCUGUGUGCGGAAAAGCAUACACAUCUCACAUUCCUAUAGAAACUGUCAGCGUUACUGUACAAGAAACUGCGGAGAAGGAAGAAAUUUAUAAAGCAGACACAAAGCCCGAAGGAAAGAUAGCGAAUAUCGAACUCACGGAGACAAGACCUGGCGCUAGUGUUCUCGAAAUAAUUCCGCAUGAUCUCGAGAAUAUCUAUACGCCAGAUGUUGGACCGGAGACUCAUACAAUCGAAUCGUCCAUAAUUGGUCAUGCUGUUGCAUCAAAAGCAGAAAUCUUAGUAGAACAGAGUGCCGGAAAAAUAAAGAGCGAUCUACCGAAAUCGAGCAAAGCGACAUUACAGCAAGAGACUCUGGAAGAAUUAAUAGUGACCGAGACAAAUGUUGGUGAAGCGGAACGAAUCAGGGAGGAAGAUAUGCGCCCUAUUAAACAGAACGCCGCGGUCGAAGUAUGCAGCCAAUCCGAAAAAUUGACCGUUACUGAGGUAACAACCAUAUUAAAAGAGGAAGAAUUGUCAGUGGAGAAGUUACCAGAUAAACGGAAGGUUGUAUUAGACAUAACCGGGGGUCAUGAGAUAGCCCAGACGCAGGAGAUGAUACUUGCGAGUAAUAUAAGCGCUUUGAAGGAGGAAAAACCGAACCAAGAGAGCGCCAAUCAGUUGCAGAGUGGACUGGAUGUUGUACAACAGAUGGAAGUAUCGGUAUCCGAAAAAGAAUCUCCUUUAACAGCGGACAUGAAACCCGAUGCCAAAAAGAUCGGCAUUACUUUCCAAGAAAGAGAAAGUCUGACGAUUGCAAUUACGCAUCCUGAAGACAAAGAAGAUGUGCUUGGUGAAAAACCGGCUCCAAAGACCGCUGAAGCUACACUCGAUGUGGUAACGCAAAAAAUAGCCUCAAAAUACGAGAUUAUUAGCGACGUUGCUCCAACCGAGCUGUCUACCGUGUCUGCCCAGGAAGUGCAUCCUAAAACGACAUUAUUAUCAUUCGAGACAGCUAUCGCUGAAGAAAUACAAACGAGAGAAACCGAAAAACCUCUUCCUUAUGUGCCAGCACCAGAGAAAAUAGCUAAUCUUGAAUUUAUAAUGGGCGAAAGUGUCGUUGUUUCAUCUAUUACAGCGGAAGACAAGGAGAGCGUGCUCACAGAAAUAGAAAAACCGGAAUCUAAAUCUGCUAUAUUCGAUAUUCCCGCUCAUACAGUGGCGCAAGCUGCCGAGGUAACCGCGACUGAUAACAUCAGCGAAUUGAAACACGAAGAGACAAUCUCCGCAAUGGCUACGACCGAGCACAUCACUCAUCGUAGCAUUGUUGCGUCCGAAACAUCAGUCGGAGAUUCGGAACAGCCGAUGCUUGAUUUUGUGAAGCCAGAUAAAAAGAAAGUCGACGUGUCGUUCGGGGAAGAAACGAGCGUAAUGGUGAUUGAAACAAUUGCAUCUGACAAAGAGCAAGAAUACUUGAAGAAACUAGAUAUUCCUGGCGAAAAAGCCACUACAAGCUUCGAUGCUCAUAAAAUCGCCGAACUCACAGAAGUUACAUCAGCCACUUAUCUAGGGAAUCUCGAUGUGAAAGUACCAGCGAGCGCAGCAGCAAAAGUAGAACGUUUGCCGUUCGAGAGUAUCGUUCAAAGCGAAACUGUUGCAACGGAAACCGAGAUAGAGUUCAAGGAUAAACCUUUCAAAAUGGGUACGGCCCAAAUAUCUGUCAAUGAAAUUAUCAGCGCCACUAUGUCUACCGAAACUCUAGCCGAAAAGGAAGAUAUUUUUCGAAUUCCCGAAAGGCCUGCAGAAAAAAGAGCGGACGUUCAAUUUACUGGACGCAUAAUCGCCGAGAAAAGCGAAGUUACUCCAGAUUCUAGCAUGGGAGAAUUGACAGACACGAAACCAACUUCUGUUUUAGCCGCAUUCUCGAGUAUCCCGUUAGAGGCAGUGGUACAAACAGAAACGCAACUAACAGAAGCGGAGGCUGUACUCGGUAAAGAUAAAGUACCAUCAAUGGCUCAAGCUGACUUUUCCAUGGUAUUAGAACAAAGUGUACAAGUAUCUUCAGUAAUCUUGGAAGACAAAGAAAUGGAAUAUAAACCAAAGGAAACACCGAAACCAAAAACAGCAGAGAAAACACUAAUCGAAACUUAUGGCGUCGCCGAAACGACGAUGCAAGUCCCUGAUUUUAGUACUGGCGAGUUUGCUAUCAGUGAAAUACCGUUAGCUGCUGUUGCAAUUCCAGAUCACAUAGUUUUUAAUCCACUAGUGGAAUCGCAGCCUGUUGUUCAAGAGGGAGAGGAGCAAUUUGUGCCGGCGUUAAUACCAAAAAAUAAAACUGUGAAUAUUGACAUGGAAGAAGGUAAGGCGAUCGUGUGUAUAGCGCAUGUAACAACUGCGGACAAAGAAUCGCCAUAUGUCGUCGAGGAGCAACCGCGUAAACACGCGGCUUCGUUCGGAAUUGAUGCCACCCACGGUAUAGCUGAAACAAUCGCGAUAGAUAUCGAACAUUCUGUAGGAGAAGUUACGAUAAAAAAACCAGAUGUUAAGAUGAUCUCGUCUACACGAGAAGUAUGCCAAAGUCUCUUAGUGACCGAAGGUAUGAUUCAAGAUCAAGAAAUAUCUUUCGAAGGAAAAUUCGUACCGGAAUCACACAAAGUAGAAUGGUCUGUGGAGGAAGGCAAGCGCGUUACUUCCGUCACAGAAAUUAAAAUGGCUGACAAAGAAACUCCCCUUGAAACGAUAAAAGAAGAUAGAUCUCGUUCGGCGCUGUCGAUUAUUAUUCCUGGCCAUGAGGUCGCCGAGAGGUCUGAAAUAAUUCUUAAUUUGAGUACAGGCGAAAUGAGCGAGAUUGCAGCACCAACAAGAGCAACCGCACAAAUCGGACAGAAACCUUUCGAGACGGUGCAGUUGAUCGAACAAGUCCCUAUGGAAAGAGAAGUGGACAAGAUUCAGGAAAUACCAUUGACAAAAACGAGCGCGCAUGUCAUUUUAGAUGAAAAUAGAUUUGUCGCUGUUACGGAAUCUGCUAUUACCCAAGAUGUCGAAGCAGAAUUUACCACGAAAAAAUUACAUCAAGAGGCAGCAAAUCUUUUGAUGGAAGGCAAAGAAGUAGCCGAACGAAUAGAAAUUAGUUUACGCGAAGGACUCGGAGAACUGCCCGCAGCAUUAAAACCGAUUACAUAUGAGGCACAUCAAACGCAAUCUACCUUAGAAAGUAUUGAUAUUAGCGAAACGGUUUCUCAGGAACAGGGUACAAUAUUUAUCGACAAAUUCAAACCUGACAAACGUAGUGCCGACAUUAGCUUUGUAGAAGGAAAAAGUAUUACCGUGGCUCAUGUCGUAACGCAAGACAAAGAAGGCACAAUGAAAAUUCCGAAAUAUGAAGAGAGUACAGCUAAGGUAAAAUUAACAAAGCUUGGUAUGGAUAUUGCUCAAAAAACUCAAGUCUUUAUCGAGCAAAAUACAGGUUUGGUUAAACCUUUCGAGAAGAUUUUAGUGGAAGCUCACCCACAGCAAGAUACAUUGCAGCCUAUCGUCAUUGAAGAAGUUCCAAGUGCCGAAAGUGAAGGUAUCUUUGAUAAAUAUCCGAAGACAAUAUCAAGCACAGCUGUGCCAACAUUUGAAGAGGAUCAUGGCGUAUUUAUUACGGAAGUAACAUCCGGCGAAGUUGAAGCAUCAUUGGAGAAGAAGAGACACGAAAUGUCGCAAACAGCUGUCCGCACUAUCGUCACUGAAUGCGAUACCAUAGAAACUGUGACGGUGGAAUCACGAGUUGAUGUACCUGAACAAAUUUCUGAUCGUAUUUUAGCACCUCAAGUGGCUGCGCCGACCCAAGACACAUUUGAAAGCAUCAUUGUCAACGAAAAUCUUGUCGAAGAAAGUGAGAAGACCUUCGAAAACCUUUUCAAACCUGCGACGCAAAAAGCGAGCAUUGAUAUAUCGGAGGUAAAAUCAUUGCAAGUUUCAGAAACAAUUACUGAGGAUAAGGAAGAAACGUUAGAUGUCAUUUCAAAACGAAAUGAAGUCAAAGCUACACCUGACAUCGAUCUAUUCCAAACUAUCGAAGGUUCUUUCGUGCAGAGUAUACAAAGUACUCGAGAGCUUUGCGAAAAGAAACCACUUUCUUCUCAAGCAACCAUGAUUCAAACUACGAUGGAAACAGUAGUGAGGUCUGAAACAAUGCCAGUCGAAAAAGAAGACAUAUUUAAGAGCAAGCUUAAACCCGAGGAACAGAAGGGAAAGCCGCAAUUCGAAAGCCUUACUACAGUUGUAAUUACUGAAAUAGCUUCUAAUGAAAUCGAAGAUGUUUUACCUGAAACUGUCGCACCAAAACAACGACAGGCGCAACCAAACUUAACUGGUAGAGAAGCUGCGGAAACUUUUCAAAUAAUUACAGCAAGCACGACCGAAGAUCUUGCAAAAGCUGCUAAAUUAAAUGAAGAAAAAGGUAAACCAGAACUUGAAGAAUUAUUAUCCGUGACUGUCUCUGAAAUCAUUUCCAAUGAAGUUGAAGACGUUCUAAUUAGCAAGGCUACUCCAAAAGAUUGUAAGGCUGAUUUUAGUGUUUCUGGUAGAGAAAUCGCCGAAACAAGUCAGAUAACAGCGUUGUCUGAGACUGACGACCUCGCUAUAGAAACACCAGAAAAGCAGAAAGGCAAACGACAAGUGGAUAAAUUAACUUCGCUGACUAUUUCACAAGUAAUUUCUAACGAAAUGGAAGAAACGUUAGUUAGCGCUGAGCUUCCUGUGGAGAAAACAGCUCGACCAAAUUUGAUUGGUAGAGAUAUCGCAGAAACUACAUUGGUCAUGACAAUGGCCAGCACCGAAGAAUUUGUCUCUAAAAAAGAAAUUGAAAAACAGCGAGGUAAGCCUAGUAUUGAAGAACUUACGUCCUUAACAGUUUCACAAAUAGAAUCACAGGAAACUGAAAAUAUCCUUGCUAGUCCCGUAAUACCAACCGAGAGAACGGCGCAAACAAGUCUGUGUGGUCGAGAUGUAGCCGAGACCACGGAAGUAACAACUGUGUCAAAUGUAGAUGAAUUUGUUGAAAUUCGGAAGCCCGAAAUACAAAAGGGAAAACCGAAUCUCGAGGAAUUAUUAUCCUUGAAUAUAAUGCAAACUGUUCCUAAUGAAGUGGAAGCUUUGUUGCCUAGUCCGGAAGUGCCCACAGAAAAGAUUGCGCAAGCCAAUUUAUUUGGUAGAGAUGCAGCCGAAACAAGUCAAAUUUUAACGAUGAUGAGCGCAGAAGAACUUUUAAAACAAGUAACACCCGAUGAGCGUAAAGGAGAGUUUAAAGUAGAAGAAUUAUCUUCAUUGACUGUAUCUCAGAUAUUAUCUCAUGAAACUGAAAGAAUUUUUCAGAGUUCUGACGCACCUACUGUAUUCACGGCACUGCCUAUGAUGUCCGGCAGAGAAAUUGCUGAAACUUCUCAAGUGCUCACUGUUACGAAUGUUGAAGAAUUUUCGAGACCCAAAAGUCCAGAAGAACAAAAAGGUAAACCACACUUGGACGAAUUAUCAUCACUAAUGGUUUCUCAAGUAAUAUCUACCGAAACAGAGGCGCAAUUGCCGAGCCCGGAAAAGUUAGAUGAGAAAAAAGCCGCACCGUGUCUCUCAGGAAGGGAGAUAGCUCAGAAAAUCGAAAUUGUAACUGCCGCGAGCGUUGAACAAAUACCCGAAGUAAAGAAAAAAGAUAGCCAAAAAGGAAAACCAAAUGUCGAAGAGAUGAGUUUUAUUACUGUGUCCGAAGUAAUUUCUACGGAAACAGAACAAGAAUUGCCAAACCAAGAGACUCCAAAAGAACGUACAGCUCUGCCAAAAGUAUCUAGUAUAGAAGUCGCAGAAACUUCAGAAAUUUUAACAGUGAGCAAUGUCGAAGAACUUGCAAAAUCAGAAAUUCCUGAGGAACAUAGAGGUAAACCAAAUUUAGAAGAAUUGAUGCCAUUAUCAAUCUCUGAAGUGGCUUACAGUGAAACAGAGAAAGGACUAUUAACUCCGGAAGAACCUAUCAAACAAAUAGCUGAGCAGAGCAUGCUAAGUAUGCGCGUUGCCGAAAAAUCUCAAGUAGUUGCAUCGUCAACAACGGAAGAGAUAAUGAAGUCUGCUAAACCAGAAACAAAGAAAAUAACACCGGAACAUAUACCGUUUGAAAGCAUACAACAGAUGGAAUCGAUUCUUCAUGAAAGUGAACGAUCGCUUAUUCUUGACAAAGAAGCACCAACUACAACUGCUGAAAUUUCAUUUCGUGUUUCCGAAGGUGUUGAAGUUAUCCAAGUAACUGCAACAGAAAAGGAAACAAAAGAGAUAAAAAAUCUGGAAUUAACUAAACAGAUAGCUGAACCGAGCAUGCUGGGAAUGCGCGUUGCCGAAAAGUCCCAAGUAGUUACAUCGUCAAUAACGGAGGAAAUAAUAGAAUCUGCUAAACCUGAGAUGAAGAAAAUAACGCCGGAACAAAUACCGUUUGAGAGUAUACAACAAAUAGAGUCGAUUCCUCAUGAAAGUGAACGAUUGCUUGUUCUCGAUAAAGAUGCUCCAAGUACAACGGCUGAAGUUUCAUUCCGCGUUUCUGAAAGUGUCGAAGUUAUUCAAGUAACCGCGACGGAAAAGGAAGCAAAGGAUGUCGUAAAAGGUAUAGCAGAAUUAACUGAACAGGUAGCCGAACCGAGCAUGCUGAGUAUGCGCGUUGCCGAAAAAUCUCAAGUGAUUACAUCAUCAACAACGGAAGAGAUAAUGAAGUCUGCUAAACCUGAGAUGAAAAAAAUAACACCAGAACAAAUACCGUUUGAAAGUAUACAACAAAUGGAGCCGAUUCCUCAUGAAAGCGAACGCUCGUUUGUCUUCGACAAAGAAGCAUCAAGUACAAUGGCUGGAGUUUCAUUUUGCGUUUCCGAAGCUGUUGAAGUUACUCAAAUAACCGCAACAGAAAAGGAAACAAAGGAAGUUAUGAGGGAUUUGGAGGAACCAGCUAAACAGAUAGCCGAGCAAAGCAUGCUAAGUAUGCGCGUUGCUGAGAAGUCUCAAGUAAUUGCAUCAUCAACAACAGAAGAUAUAAAACAGUUCAUUAAGCCGGAAGUAAAGAAAAUAAUACCAGGACAAAUACCGUUUGAGAGUAUACAACAGAUGGAAUCAGUUCCUCACGAAAGUGAACAAUCGCUCAUCCUCGACAAAGAGGCAUCAAGCGCAACGGCCAAAAUUUCAUUCCGCGUUUCUGAAGGUGUCGAAGUUAUUCAAGUAACCGCUACAGAGAAAGAAUCAAAAGAAAUCGUAAAAGGUAUGGCCAAAGAAGCAAGCGCACAAGCUGAUAUAAUUGAGCGAAAGGUUGCUCUAAAAACCGAAAUUCUUCCGGAAAACGUAGUAUCUGAAUUUAUUAUCACGAAACCAGAAAGUAAACUAGCUCACGGAAUAAAAGACGAGAAACAAAGUGUGAUUGUUACCGAAUUACAACACGCUGCUGAAAUUGAAUCAAAUCUGCCCGAGCCCGUAAUACCACUAGCAAAGUUAGCGAGCACAUCUAUCGAAGCUGACUACUUGGAAAAAAUUGAGGAAAUCACUGCAGCAACAGCCCAACAACAUCACAUCACAAUUACACAACACAUUACAAAACACGAAAAAACACAACAACCAUUGACCGACUCCGACACUGAAAUAACUGAGGAAUACACUACUAAAUUUAGACGUGGUAGUAAAGACAAUGAAACCGCAGCAGUAAAAACAAAGAAAACGACAAUUAGGAAAAAGAAACCAAAAACUAAAUCUGAUGAAAAAGUUGUUGUAAUCGAAGAGGAACUUGAAAACAUAAAAUCGCAAAUACCAUCGAUACCAAAAAAACAGUUUAUGCAUAUUGAAGAAGUAACGGAAAUGAAUGGAAUAGAAGAAAUAAGCCCAACAAAAAUUGAAGAAUUAGAAGAAAUAUCACAAAAACAAUUAGAACCAACGCAAGCAAAAAGGAAGCAUCAGAUAGUAAUAAAAGACCAAGAGAAAGAAACAGAACAAGCACCUAUAACAAAAAUUACAGAAAGUCUUUCACAGGAAAUUAGUGAAGAAACCGUGUUGCCUCUUCCACAGCAUGAAUUGGCCAAACCUAUUGAGGAGGAAGAGGUAAGAGAACAAGUUACUGUGACCGAGGAAGUAGUGGAGGAAAAGAAACCAAAAAAAAUUACAAAGAAGAAAAUUAUCAAACGUAAAGGACAAAAGCAGCAAGUAACGGAAGAAGUUACUGUGGAAGAAAAAGGACAAUCUCCUGUGACAACGAUAACGGAAGGUCCUCUGGAAGAAAUUGUCGAAGAAACCGUGUUGCCUCUUCCACAGCAUGAAUUGGCCAAACCUAUUGAGGAGGAAGAGGUAAGAGAACAAGUUACAGUAACCGAGGAAGUAGUAGAAGGGAAGAGACCAAAGAAAAUUACAAAGAAGAAAAUUAUAAAACGUAAAGGACGGAAACAGCAAAUAAUGGAAGAAGUUACUGUGGAAGAAAAGGGACAAUCUCCUGUGACAACAAUAACAGAGGGUCCUCUGGAGGAAAUUGUCGAAGAAACCGUGUUGCCUCUUCCACAGCAUGAAUUGGCCAAACCUAUUGAGGAGGAAGAGGUAAGAGAACAAGUUACUGUGACCGAGGAAGUAGUGGAGGAAAAGAAACCAAAAAAAAUUACAAAGAAGAAAAUUAUCAAACGUAAAGGACAAAAGCAGCAAGUAACGGAAGAAGUUACUGUGGAAGAAAAAGGACAAUCUCCUGUGACAACGAUAACGGAAGGUCCUCUGGAGGAAACUGCCGAAGAAGCCGUGUUGCCUCUUCUACAGCAUGAAUUUGCAAAACCUAUUGAGGAGGAAGAGAUAAGAGAACAAGUUACAGUAACCGAGGAAGUAGUAGAAGGAAAGAGACCAAAGAAAAUUACAAAUAAGAAAAUUAUCAAACGUAAAGGACAAAAGCAGCAAAUAACGGAAGAAGUUACUGUGGAAGAAAAGGGGCAGUCUCCUGUGACAACAAUAACGGAGAAUCCUCUGGAGGAAAUUCUUGAAGAAACUGUGUUGCCUCUUCCACAGCAUGAAUUUGCUAAACCUAUUGAGGAGGAAGAGAUAAGAGAACAAGUUACAGUGACCGAGGAAGUAGUGGAGGGGAAGAAACCAAAGAAAAUUACAAAGAAGAAAAUUAUAAAACGUAAAGGACGGAAACAGCAAAUAAUGGAAGAAGUUACUGUGGAAGAAAAGGGGCAGUCUCCUAUAACAACGAUAACGGAGGGUCCUUUGGAAGAAAUUCUUGAAGAUACUGUGUUGCCGCUGCCACAAUCUGAAAUUAUUAAGCCUAGUGAGGAGGAAGAGAUAAGAGAACAAAUUACUGUGACCGAGGAAGUAGUGGAGGGGAAAAAACCAAAGAAAAUUACAAAGAAGAAAAUUAUCAAACGUAAAGGACAAAAGCAGCAAGUAACGGAAGAAGUUACUGUGGAAGAAAAGGGACAAUCUCCUGUGACAACAAUAACAGAGUGUCCUCUGGAGGAAAUUGUCGAAGAAACCGUAUUGCUUCUACCACAGCAUGAAUUUGCCAAACCUAUUGAGGAAGAACAGAUACGAGAACAAGUUACAGUAACCGAGGAAAUAGUAGAAGGGAAGAGACCAAAGAAAAUUACAAAGAAGAAAAUUAUCAAACGUAAAGGACAAAAGCAGCAAGUAACGGAAGAAGGUACUGUGGAAGAAAAGGGACAAUCUCCUGUGACAACGAUAACGGAAGGUCCUCUGGAGGAAAUUGACGAAGAAACCGUGUUGCCUCUUCUACAGCAUGAAUUUCCCAAACCUAUUGAGAAGGAAGACAUAAGAGAGCAAGUUACAGUAACCGAGGAAGUAGUAGAAGGGAAGAGACCAAAGAAAAUUACAAAGAAGAAAAUUAUCAAACGUAAAGGACAAAAGCAGCAAGUAACGGAAGAAGGUACUGUGGAAGAAAAGGGACAAUCUCCUGUGACAACGAUAACGGAAGGUCCUCUGGAGGAAAUUGACGAAGAAACCGUGUUGCCUCUUCUACAGCAUGAAUUUCCCAAACCUAUUGAGAAGGAAGACAUAAGAGAGCAAGUUACAGUAACCGAGGAAGUAGUAGAAGGGAAGAGACCAAAGAAAAUUACAAAGAAGAAAAUUAUCAAACGUAAAGGACAAAAGCAGCAAGUAACGGAAGAAGGUACUGUGGAAGAAAAGGGACAAUCUCCUGUGACAACGAUAACGGAAGGUCCUCUGGAGGAAAUUGACGAAGAAACCGUGUUGCCUCUUCUACAGCAUGAAUUUCCCAAACCUAUUGAGAAGGAAGACAUAAGAGAGCAAGUUACAGUAACCGAGGAAGUAGUAGAAGGGAAGAGACCAAAGAAAAUUACAAAGAAGAAAAUUAUCAAACGUAAAGGACAAAAGCAGCAAGUAACGGAAGAAGGUACUGUGGAAGAAAAGGGACAAUCUCCUGUGACAACGAUAACGGAAGGUCCUCUGGAGGAAAUUGACGAAGAAACCGUGUUGCCUCUUCUACAGCAUGAAUUUCCCAAACCUAUUGAGAAGGAAGACAUAAGAGAGCAAGUUACAGUAACCGAGGAAGUAGUAGAAGGGAAGAGACCAAAGAAAAUUACAAAGAAGAAAAUUAUCAAACGUAAAGGACAAAAGCAGCAAGUAACGGAAGAAGGUACUGUGGAAGAAAAGGGACAAUCUCCUGUGACAACGAUAACGGAAGGUCCUCUGGAGGAAAUUGACGAAGAAACCGUGUUGCCUCUUCUACAGCAUGAAUUUCCCAAACCUAUUGAGAAGGAAGACAUAAGAGAGCAAGUUACAGUAACCGAGGAAGUAGUAGAAGGGAAGAGACCAAAGAAAAUUACAAAGAAGAAAAUUAUCAAACGUAAAGGACAAAAGCAGCAAGUAACGGAAGAAGGUACUGUGGAAGAAAAGGGACAAUCUCCUGUGACAACGAUAACGGAAGGUCCUCUGGAGGAAAUUGACGAAGAAACCGUGUUGCCUCUUCUACAGCAUGAAUUUCCCAAACCUAUUGAGAAGGAAGACAUAAGAGAGCAAGUUACAGUAACCGAGGAAGUAGUAGAAGGGAAGAGACCAAAGAAAAUUACAAAGAAGAAAAUUAUCAAACGUAAAGGACAAAAGCAGCAAGUAACGGAAGAAGGUACUGUGGAAGAAAAGGGACAAUCUCCUGUGACAACGAUAACGGAAGGUCCUCUGGAGGAAAUUGACGAAGAAACCGUGUUGCCUCUUCUACAGCAUGAAUUUCCCAAACCUAUUGAGAAGGAAGACAUAAGAGAGCAAGUUACAGUAACCGAGGAAGUAGUAGAAGGGAAGAGACCAAAGAAAAUUACAAAGAAGAAAAUUAUCAAACGUAAAGGACAAAAGCAGCAAGUAACGGAAGAAGGUACUGUGGAAGAAAAGGGACAAUCUCCUGUGACAACGAUAACGGAAGGUCCUCUGGAGGAAAUUGACGAAGAAACCGUGUUGCCUCUUCUACAGCAUGAAUUUCCCAAACCUAUUGAGAAGGAAGACAUAAGAGAGCAAGUUACAGUAACCGAGGAAGUAGUAGAAGGGAAGAGACCAAAGAAAAUUACAAAGAAGAAAAUUAUCAAACGUAAAGGACAAAAGCAGCAAGUAACGGAAGAAGGUACUGUGGAAGAAAAGGGACAAUCUCCUGUGACAACGAUAACGGAAGGUCCUCUGGAGGAAAUUGACGAAGAAACCGUGUUGCCUCUUCUACAGCAUGAAUUUCCCAAACCUAUUGAGAAGGAAGACAUAAGAGAGCAAGUUACAGUAACCGAGGAAGUAGUAGAAGGGAAGAGACCAAAGAAAAUUACAAAGAAGAAAAUUAUCAAACGUAAAGGACAAAAGCAGCAAGUAACGGAAGAAGGUACUGUGGAAGAAAAGGGACAAUCUCCUGUGACAACGAUAACGGAAGGUCCUCUGGAGGAAAUUGACGAAGAAACCGUGUUGCCUCUUCUACAGCAUGAAUUUCCCAAACCUAUUGAGAAGGAAGACAUAAGAGAGCAAGUUACAGUAACCGAGGAAGUAGUAGAAGGGAAGAGACCAAAGAAAAUUACAAAGAAGAAAAUUAUCAAACGUAAAGGACAAAAGCAGCAAGUAACGGAAGAAGUUACUGUGGAAGAAAAGGGACAAGCUCCUGUAACAACGAUAACGGAAGGUCCUCUGGAGGAAAUUGUCGAAGGAACCGUAUUGCCUCUACCACAGCAUGAAUUUGCCAAACCUAUUGAGGAGAAAAAGAUAAGAGAACAAGUUACAGUAACCGAGGAAAUAGUAGAAGGGAAGAGACCAAAUAAAAUUACAAAGAAGAAAAUUAUCAAACGUAAAGGACAAAAGCAGCAAGUAACGGAAGAAGUUACUGUGGAAGAAAAGGGACAAGCUCCUGUAACAACGAUAACGGAAGGUCCUCUGGAGGAAAUUGUCGAAGAAACCGUGUUGCCUCUUCUACAGCAUGAAGUUGCCAAAUUUAUUGAGGAGGAACAGAUAAGAGAACAAGUUACAGUAACCGAGGAAAUUGUAGAUGGGGGGAGACCAAAGAAAAUUACAAAGAAGAAAAUUAUCAAACGUAAAGGACAAAAGCAGCAAGUACCGGAAGAAGUUACUGUGGAAGAAAAGGGACAAUCCCCUGUGACAACGAUAACGGAAGGUCCUCUGGAGGAAAUUGUCGAAGAAACCGUGUUGCCUCUUCUACAGCAUGAAUUUGCCAAACUUAUUGAGGAGGAACACAUAAGAGAACAAGUUACAGUAACCGAGGAAGUUGUAGAAGGGAAAAGACCAAAGAAAAUUACAAAGAAAAAAAUUAUAAAACGUAAAGGGCGGAAACAGCAAAUAACGGAAGAAGUUACUGUGGAAGAAAAGGGGCAGUCUCCUGUGACAACGAUAACGGAGGGUCCUCAGGAGGAAAUUGUCGAAGAAACCGUGUUGCCGCGGCCACAGCCUGAAAUUAUCAAGCCUAGUGAGGUGGAAGAGAUAAGAGAACAAGUUACAGUGAUCGAGGAAGUAGUAGAAGGAAAGAAACUAAAGAAAAUUGUCAAACGUAAGGGACAAAAACAGCAAGUAACAGAAGAAGUUAAUGUCGUAGAAAAAGAACAGUUUCCUGUGUGUGUGACAACUAUUACAGAGGAUUCUCCAAAGAAACAUCAGGCGGUAGGAACCACAAUUCAUCUUCACGCAAACACUACACCGGAAAUACACAACAAACUCAAACAUAAAAGUUUGAUUAAACAUUUAGAUAAUGAGAUAAUGCUGAAAGAUGUUCCGAGAAAACUGAUGUAUCAGCCACAAGAAACAAAGUGUGAAAUUCCAGAAGAAAUUGUAGAAGAAAUAGUGACAGAAACAGCAGAGAAAGAAAAGGCUCGUCUUUUGCUAGAAGAGGAAGAAUUGGUGAAAAUAAUGAGAGUAGGCAUCAAAGAAGUGCCAGAAGAAAAAGAGGAAAUAUCUAUUGUUGAGGUAGAGAAAACCGUCGAAACACCGACGCACAAAAUUAUUAGAACAAAGAAACAACCAAAGAAAAAAGAUGAACAAAUUGAGAUUAUUGAGGAAUUGACCAUAAAGCCGGAGGAUAAAAUUGUUAUGGUAGAACAGCAGCAUGUAACCGACAUCGAUAAAAAACCAGUUAAAAAAAUAAUUAAGAAGAAAAAGCACUUGACCGGAGCUGAAGAUGUUCUUGAAGAAGCUGUAGAGGAUAUCGUAAUGGACAAACCAAAGAAAGAAAAAGCUAGAACUAUUAUAGAAGAUAGACAGGAAACAGUUUUAGUCACCGAGCCAAAAGUACAUGAAGCAGCUGUUAAGAUGCCAGAGGAAAAAAUAGAUAUCGGGGAAGAAAUAAUAGAAACUAUUAAAACACCUACAACAAAAAUUAUUAAAAAGAAAAAAUUGGCAGUAGAUGAUCACAACAAACAAAUUAUUGAGAAAAUUGUGCAGAAACCAGCUGAGGAAACUGAAAUAAUAGAAAAAGAAAAAAUGAUUGAAAUAGUUGAAACGCCAACAAAAAAAAUUAUUAAAAGGAAAAAGGCGGAAACUUAUGAUGAUAAUGCGCCAGAAGAAAUUGUUGAAGAAAUUCUUAUAGAAAAACCGAAGAAAGAACAAGCUCGAACUAUAUUAUCUCCACGAGAGAGUAUUGAAGUAACGCAGAUCUUAACUGAAUCAUCCAUUUCCAAAAUCACAGAAGAUAAAACUAAACUAAAAGAAGCUGUAGUAUGCAAAAAUGAAGAAGAAAAAGAUAUUUUGAAGAAAGUUUCAAUGAAAGAAACGAGCACAAUUCCUAUUCAGGAAGAAGUAACAGCCGAGAUUACUAAAGAAAUAAUAAGUGAGAAACCAAAAGAAGAACAAAUACAAUCGAUUAUUAUACCAAAAGAAGAACUCAAAGUAACUGAAACAAUUUCAAGCACAACCACUGAGGAACUUCUCGAGAAGAUAAAACCGACGGAAGAAACGGCAGUGCCAAUUAAGGAUGUGGAGUCACAAAUUGAGAUAAAGGAAGUUACAAUACAAAAAGCCCCUAAAAAGAUUAAACCAAUAUAUGUAAAUGAACAACAAGUCAAAGAAGAAAUUGUUGAAGAAUUUAUUUCAGAUAAACCCAUAAAGGAAGAAGCGGAAAAGAUAAUAACUGCAAAUGAAGAAAUAGAGACUACCGAAAUUAUUUCUGAAAUUACAACUAGUAAACUUGAUGAAGAUAAAAGACCGCAAAAAGAACAAGCUGUGUCCAUAGAAGAGAUAAAACAAGAUAUAAAAUUAACAGAAGUACCCGUAAAGAGAGCACCCCUUAUUAAGAAAAAAGCCAAGGAAAUGAAAGAAGAUCGCCCAGAUGAAUCAAUAGAAAAAAUAAAAUUAAAAGAACCUAAAAAGGAAAAAGCUAAAGAAAGUGUAGCUUUACAGGAGAGUAUCGACAUUUCGGAAGUGAUGACAGAAACGAUACCUGAAGAACUUGCUACGGAAGAAACAUUCUCUGAAAAGAAAGUAAAACCAAGUAUUGCACUGGUAGAAACAAUUGAAAAGGAAAAAGCAAAAUCUACUAUAGUUGAAGUCAAGAAAGAGAACGAAAAAGUAGUGGAAGAAAUAAUACCAGUGAAACCUAAGAAAGAAGAAACAAAAAUAAAUAAAAUAGAUAUUACAAUGGCAGAGAUAACUUCGGAAUCUAAAAUUAAAGAUAUUCCAAAAGAAAAACAACCUGACGAAAAAUUAGAAAAAGUAAGGAUAAUGCAGUCCGUAGAAAUAAAAGAAGUCAAGAAAUUAGAAGAAGAAAUUGUCCCCAUUGUGAAAGAAAAAUCUAUUGAACCUGAAGUCACUGAGGAAUUGAAAGAAAAGAAAGUUAUCAAGAAAAAGAAAAAGAAGCCUGUAAAAAAAGAUGAUAUAGACGAUUGGGUAGAACCCGAAUAUGAAAGGCCUGUAUUAGAACCAAUGCCUGAAAAAAUUCAAUGGGAACCAACAAAAAAGAAAAAAGAAAAGAAAACAUUACCUGAAGCUAUGCAAAAAUUGGUUCCGCAAAAGAUUGAAAGAAAAGAAAUCAAACCUACAAAAUUAAAAUAUAUUGAACCACCACAAGAAACAGUUCAGUUUGGUACAAUUAAAUUAAAAAAAGUAACAGUUGUUAAGAAAAAAGAAAUUAGCGAACCAAUAUUUCCUAAAAUUAUGUUACGUAGCAGAAUCACAUUUGUUGGUGACUAUCCGCCAGAAAUACAAAUACCAAAAAUUACAUAUAUGGAAAAGAAUAUGAUACAAAAUGGUAUUUUGUCUAGAAAUGCAGAAGAAGCUUUACAGGUUUUAAAGAAAAAAUAUAAAAAACCAAAAAUGCCAGAGAAAGAAUUAACUGAAUUAGAAAAAUUGGAUAAAGAGUUUGAAGAAUUGAAGAAAGUGCCACUAGAAAAAAUAGACGAUAAAUCUAUUUACGAACGAACACCUAAAAAGCCGGAAAAAACACCCGAAGAACCGCAAAAACUUAUUGUUGGAAAAGGUGAAAUAAAACAAGAACCUAAAAUUGUGCCAGAAGAAGUUAAGCUAAAGAAAACAUUGGAAAAGAAACCGGAAGAAUUAAUAGAAACUAAAGAGAAACUAAAAAAGAAAAAAUCUGUAGAAGAUGUGCACCAGAAAAAAGAAGAAAAACCUAAAGAAACGCUCUCUUAUGAUGAAUUUAAACCAGUAGAAUUUGAUAGACCAGAAAUUGAAAAAUAUAUACCUGAAGAUAUCGAAAUAACAAAAAAACCAGAACCUGAACCUAUUUCAAAACCAUAUGAAAGACCUAAGAAAAAGCAACCUGAGCAGGAUAUUGAACAAAUUCCACUAAUAAAAGGAAUACCAAAGCCACAAGAGCCCGAAGAAGAACCCAAAGUCAAAUUCCGAAUACCAACUUCAGAGAAACCGGAAGAUGAACCUGAAACAAUAACUCUGAAAGGCUGGAAAAAAGAUAAACCCAAAGAAGAGGGUACAGAAGAAUAUCCAACUAAGGAAAAAGAUGUUAUUCCAACAAUACCCAAAGAAGAUACAAAAGAAGUGAUAUUGAAACAGAAACCAAAGAAAAAGACAGUUAAAGAAGAAACUGCUGCAAAAAUUACUGUAAAGAAACCUAUUCCAAAAGAAGAAGAGCAAGUACCAGAAGAAGUUUCUGAGAAAGUGGCAAUAAAGAAACCUAUAAAAGAGGAAACUGCGGAUGAAGUAACGAUUAAAAAACCAGUCGUUGAAGACAAAAAAGAAGAGGUAAAAGAGAUCACAGAAGAAAUCACAUUAAAAAAGAAGCCAAAGAAAAAAUCCAUCACAGAGGAAACUGCUGCUGAAGUAACAGUAAAGAAAUCUGUUCCGAAAGAAGAAGAACAAGUACCGGAAGAAGUUUCUGAAAAAGUGGCAAUAAAGAGACCUAAAAAGGUACCUAUCAAAGAGGAAACUACGGAUGAAGUAACGAUUAAAAAACCAGUCAAUGAGAAAAGAAAAGAAGAAAUAAAAGAAAUCACAGAGGAAGUCACAUUAAAAAAGAAGCCGAAGAAAAAACCAGUCACGGAGGAAAUCGCUGCCGAAAUAAUUGUAAAAAAACCCGUUUCAAAAGAAGAACAAAUACCGGAAGAAGUUUCUGAGAAAGUGGCAAUACAGAAACCUAAAAAAGAACCUAUCAAGGAGGAAAUUGCGGAUGAAGUGACGAUUAAAAAACCAGUCGUUGAAGAGAGAAAAGAAGAGGUAGAAGAAAUCACAGAGGAAGUCACAUUAAAAAAGAAACCAAAGAAAAAAUCCGUUACAGAGGAAACCGCUGCCGAAAUAACUGUAAAGAAACCCGUUCCGACGGAAGAAGAACGAGUACCGGAAGAAGUUUCAGAGAAAGUGGCAAUAAAGAAACCUAAAAAGGAACCUAUCAAAGAGGAAGCUGCAGCUGAAGUGACGAUUAAAAAACCAGUCGUUGAAAAGAGAAAAGAAGAGGUAGAGGAAAUCACAGAGGAAGUCACAUUAAAAAAGAAACCAAAGAAAAAAUCCGUCACAGAGGAAACCGCUGCCGAAAUAACUGUAAAGAAACCCGUUCCGACGGAAGAAGAACGAGUACCGGAAGAAGUUUCAGAGAAAGUGGCAAUAAAGAAACCUAAAAAGGAACCUAUCAAAGAGGAAGCUGCAGCUGAAGUGACGAUUAAAAAACCAGUCGUUGAAGAGAGAAAAGAUGAGGUAGAAGUAAUCACAGAGGAAGUCAUAUUAAAAAAGAAACCAAAGAGAAAAUCUGUGACAGAGGAAACCGCUGCCGUAAUAACUGUAAAGAAACCCGUUCCGAAGGAAGAAGAACAAGUACCGGAAGAAGUUUCUGAGAAAGUGGCAAUAAAGAAACCGAAAAAGAAAUCUUUCAAGGAAGAAGUCGCCGAAGUUACAAAGAAACCUAAAAAGGAACCUAUCAAAGAGGAAGCUGCAGCUGAAGUGACGAUUAAAAAACCAGUCGUUGAAGAGAGAAAAGAUGAGGUAGAAGUAAUCACAGAGGAAGUCAUAUUAAAAAAGAAACCAAAGAGAAAAUCUGUGACAGAGGAAACCGCUGCCGUAAUAACUGUAAAGAAACCCGUUCCGAAGGAAGAAGAACAAGUACCGGAAGAAGUUUCUGAGAAAGUGGCAAUAAAGAAACCUAAAAAGGAACCUAUCAAAGAGGAAGCUGCAGCUGAAGUGACGAUUAAAAAACCAGUCGUUGAAGAGAGAAAAGAUGAGGUAGAAGUAAUCACAGAGGAAGUCAUAUUAAAAAAGAAACCAAAGAGAAAAUCUGUGACAGAGGAAACCGCUGCCGUAAUAACUGUAAAGAAACCCGUUCCGAAGGAAGAAGAACAAGUACCGGAAGAAGUUUCUGAGAAAGUGGCAAUAAAGAAACCUAAAAAGGAACCUAUCAAAGAGGAAGCUGCAGCUGAAGUGACGAUUAAAAAACCAGUCGUUGAAGAGAGAAAAGAUGAGGUAGAAGUAAUCACAGAGGAAGUCAUAUUAAAAAAGAAACCAAAGAGAAAAUCUGUGACAGAGGAAACCGCUGCCGUAAUAACUGUAAAGAAACCCGUUCCGAAGGAAGAAGAACAAGUACCGGAAGAAGUUUCUGAGAAAGUGGCAAUAAAGAAACCUAAAAAGGAACCUAUCAAAGAGGAAGCUGCAGCUGAAGUGACGAUUAAAAAACCAAUCGUUGAAGAGAGAAAAGAAGAGGUAGAAGUAAUCACAGAGGAAGUCACAUUAAAAAAGAAGCCAAAGAAAAAAUCCGUCACAGAGGAAACCGCUGCCGAAAUAACUGUCAAGAAACCCGUUCCGAAGGAAGAAGAACCGGAAGAAGUUUCUGAGAAAGUGGCAAUAAAGAAACCUAAAAAGGAACCUAUCAAAGAGGAAGCUGCAGCUGAAGUGACAAUUAAAAAACCAGUCGUUGAGGAAAGAAAAAAAGAAGUAGAAGAAAUUACAGACGAAGUUACAUUAAAAAAGAAACCGAAGAAAAAACUCAUCACAGAGGAAACCGCUGCCGAAAUAACUAUAAAGAAACCCGUUCCGAAGAAAGAAGAACCGGAAGAAGUUUCUGAGAAAGUGGCAAUAAAGAAACCGAAAAAGAAAUCUUUCAAGGAAGAAGUCGCGGACGAAGUUACAAUUAAAAAAUCUGUUAUAGAAAAGGAGAAGGAAGACAUUGUUGAAGAAGUUACUUUUAAAUCGAAGCCAAGACAAAAGAUUACCGAACCGGAAGAAAUAUCAGAAGUGACUAUUGCUAAACCCGUAGAGGAAAAGCAAAAACAAGAAGACAUUACAGACACAUCUACGGAUAUAUUACUAAAGAAAAAGAAACCAGUGCUAACAGGUGAAGAAGUGAUUGUGGAGGAAUUAACUAUACAAAAAUUCGAAGAGAUAGAAGAACCUAAGGAAGUAAUUGAAGAAUUUACAUUAAAACGCAAACCACCAAAAAAAGCACCGAAACCAAUUGAAGAAAUUUAUGAAGAUGUUACUUUACGUAAAUUACGACCGAAGAAAAAACCUAGACCGGAUAUCAAGGAAGUUACCGAAGUUGAAAAUGUGACGUUUAGACCACGUUCUACAAAAACAAAAGAAGAUGUGGAACAAGAAUUUAAAAUAUCAUUAAAUACAUAUGAAGAAGAAGAUAUUUCCAUGUCCGGUAAGGUCCGUUUAAAGCCAAAGAGACGUCCGCUUACAUAUUCCGAGGAAACUGGAGAAGAAACAAUAAAAAUUAUUCAAGAAAUUGAAGAUGAUUCUGGGCCAGUUAUCGAAGAGAUCAUUGAUGAAUCAGAAGAGGAAAGUAAAGAAGGAUAUAGCGUCGAAGAGCUUGACAUUGACGAAAUGAGUAUACCAUUGAAACGAAAGAAAAAGAAACAAAAAACACCGUAUACUGUAGAAGAAAUUGAAGAAAAUGAUGUCAAAGUACAGUUAAAACGUGAUAGGAAAUAUUCAUAUGAGGAAACAGAUGUUGAAUCUUUGGCGCUGAAAUUGAAGAGCAAGAGACGUGUUUCCACGUACGAAGAAGAAGAAGCUUCUCUCAGUAUUACUAAAAAGGAAGAAAUCGAAGAAGUCGACGAAGUCGAAUAUGUUGUCCGUGACGGUGAUACAAUGUUCUCAAUUUGUUCUUAUGUGGCUGAAACGGAGGAAGCUAUAAACUUGGUCGAAGGAGAAAAAAUUUAUAUUAUCGAUCAUACCAAUCAGGAUUGGUGGUUUGUAAAGAAACAUUUGACUGAAGAAAAGGGUUGGGUACCGGCGCAAUAUUUAUUGGACGAGGAGCAUUAUACUGUUUACUUGCAACGAAAAUUGCACGAAAAGAUUGAUAGAUUGCCAAUCUUUGAAAAGCCAGCUCCAGGAGAAAAAGCCUCAGCACCAAAGUUUAUUGAAAAAUUGCAACCAAUCCACACGCUAGAUGGUUACACUGUUCAAUUCGAGUGCCAAGUAGAAGGCAUACCAAGACCACAAAUAACUUGGUUUCGUCAGACAGCUAUUAUCAAACCAUCUAUUGAUUUUCAAAUGUAUUAUGAUGAAGAUAAUGUUGCUACUUUGAUAAUUAGAGAAGUAUUUCCUGAAGAUGCCGGUACUUUUACAUGCGUUGCAAAAAACGCUGCAGGAUUUGCAUCCAGCACUACUGAACUUAUCGUCGAGGCUCCUCUGUCAGAUCACGGAUCUGAUAUUACCGGUUUGUCGAGGAAAAGUCUUUCGAGAGAAUCAUCUCUUGCGGAUAUAUUGGAAGGUAUACUACCUACAUUCUCUCGAAAACCAAAAGCGAAGUACGUGAAUGAAGGUGAUGAUGUAAUAUUGGAAUGCCGAUUGGUCGCUGUACCGGAGCCAGAAAUAAUGUGGUACUAUAAAGAUGCCCAGGUGGUUAGUCAGCAAAACAUCGUGGUCGCAACUGAAAGCGAUAUGCACAUGUACUGCAGUAUCGUAAAAAUUACCAAAAUUCAAAAGAGGCAAGAAGGAAGAUAUAAGAUUGUCGCUAAGAAUAGAGAAGGCGAAGCCACUAUCGAUAUUCCCAUAAAAGUAAAAACUGGAAAGAGCGAGCCGCCCGAAAUUUUGGAGCCGUUGCAAUCCCACGUUGUCAAAGAAGGCGAGACUGUUAUUUUAUCAACUCAAAUAGUCGGUAAUCCAACACCAAAAAUAACGUGGUAUAAAGAUGGAAAACCGAUAAAGGACAUGCAACCAAAACAGGAUGGACACGUCAAUACGUUGAAUUUGAUUCAGCCUCAAAUAGUAGAUAGUGGAGAAUAUUCGGUUAUAGCUAUCAAUGAUGUGGGCAAAGCCGAGACUCGAGCUGUAUUGACUGUUGAGAAAGUACCGAGUGGCGCACCAGAACCUCCCUUGUUCACUGAACGUUUCCAAGAGGUACUUGUUCCCGAAAAAGGUACCUUUAAGUUAACCGCCAAAGUAACUGGAAAUCCUGUCCCGGAAGUUAUUUGGCUGAAAAAUAACAAACCGCUUGACAAAUCGCCCAAUAUCAUAGAAAGUUACGACGGUGAAAACAUCUUACUCGAAAUUAGAAAUGCGGAUUCAGAAAUUGAUACUGGAGAUUAUAAAUGUGUCGCCAGUAAUCCGGUCGGAAAAGCUUCACAUGGUGCAAAAGUAACGGUAGACGUUGCUAAAGUCUCUUUCACAAGAAAAUUGCAAAACGAAAUCACAAUCGACGAAUACAAAACUCUGGAAUUGAGUUGCGAGACAUCGCACACCGUUUCCACGGUGUGGUGGCAUAAUGAUAAAGAGAUCAGCGGAAUGGAUCAUCGCGAGGUGAUUCAAGAAGGACGCGUACAUAGAUUACUUAUUAAAAAGAGUGGUCUUUCCGACGCAGGCACGUACAAAUGUACCGUCAAAAAUCAGGUGACGUCCAGCAACGUUAUCGUUCGAGCCACCAAACCGGAAUUCGUUAAGAAGCUGCAGGACUUCGAAGUAAAAGAACGCGAUGUGGCGAUUUUGGAAGUCGAGAUCACGUCUCAAAUGGCCGAUGUUACAUGGCGAAAAGACGGCGAAUUGUUAACACCGAGCAAGGGAAAAUUAGAAUUCGUGAAAGACGGUACCGUGAGAAAGCUUCUCAUCAGGAGCACAUCGGUUCAUGACGAAGGGGAAUACACGUGCGCUCUUCCGGAUCAAGAAUGUACGGCAGAAGUUACGGUCGUUGAAUUGCCACCGGAGAUUAUUACCAAAAUGCAGGAUAUAAUUAUAGCCAGAGGAGAGAAAGCGACCUUUGAUAUAGAAUUGACAAAAGGUGACGCUUUAGUACGCUGGUUCAAAGACGGCCAAGAGUUGCAAUUCUCCGAGCACGUGCGAUUGUCGAUCGACGGCAAGAGGCAAAAACUGAAAAUUUACGACACGGAAGUGGAAGAUGCGGGAAUCUAUUCUUGUCAAGUUGGCGAUCAAACUUCGUCAGCUAGAUUGACGGUUGAAGAACCCGAAAUAGAUUUUAUUAAAAAAUUGCCGGAUGUUACUUUAGUGUCUCUCAACACCGAUGCAACUUUCCUCAUUGAACUGUCGCGUGCCGAUGUAUCAGUAACGUGGUUAAAGAAAGGCGAAAUAAUCGAUUGCGCACAAUCUUCGAAAUAUCAUAUUAUUGAUGAAGGAAACAUUAAGAAACUUAUCAUUAAAAAAUGCACGACCGAAGAUAUCGCUGAAUAUACUGCCGUAGUUGCAAAUGUGAAAACAUCAUCCAGAUUAAAAGUUGAAGUUAUCGAAACAUCGCCGAAAAUCAAUCCUGAUACGCCUAGAAAAUACAAAACGAUGAAAGGUGAUAAUAUUGAUGUUGUUGUGAAAUUCACGGCUACGCCAACUCCGAUUGACGAGUGGAUCGUUAAUGGCCGCGUUCUUAAAAAAUCCAAACGGAUUCUCACAUCCAUCGACGAAUAUUCAGCCGUCUUGACAAUUAGAGAUGUACAAGAAAAAGAUUUCGGUGAUUAUAAUCUAAAAUUAACUAAUCCUCAUGGGGAUGAUGGUAUAGAAAUCAACAUCAUCGUCGUGCAGGUACCUGGAGCGCCAGGAAUUCCAGAACCUCUCGAAAUAACCGACAACAGUGUUACUCUUCACUGGAAGAAACCAGAUUUGGACGGAUAUUCCCCGAUCUUGGAAUACAUUUUACAAUAUCGCGAAAAAACGGAAUCUUCAUGGAGCAGAAUCAACGAGACAAUAAGUGAAACUACGCACAAACUGACAAACUUGACCAUCGACAAGGAAUAUACCUUCCGUGUGACAGCAGUCAACGAAGCCGGAUCGGGUGAGCCAUCGCCGAAUAUGCCAUAUCUAAAAAUUUCCAAGUUAUCGGCAUUUGAACCGCCAACCAUUCUGGAAGCGCUCAAGAGCAUCGUGAUCGGAUUAGGAGAGACUGUCACGCUUUCUUGCGUAAUCGCCAAGUACACGAUUCGAAAAACUACAGAGACAUCGUCGGCCACAUUCACGGUUAAAGCACAGAAUGAUGCAGGAACAGCGGAAACAUCGUGUCAAUUGAAGAUUCAAGAAUCUCCGAGGAUUAUUUGCGAUGAAAACUUGAUGAGUCAGAGACUAACGGUGGGCGACAAAUGGAAGGUCGAAAUACACUUCAACGGUUUCCCAAAACCGAAAAUGACGUGGACAAUAAACGAUAAAAAAAUAACUGAUAAACGCAUUUCCAUCGAGACUGAGGAAGAUAUAUCCAUUAUUACGAUUCCUUCACUCGUCAGGGAUGAUACGGCUGUCUACACAGCAAAAGCGAUAAACGAAGCCGGUAGCUCGACGAUGGAAUGUCAUCUCCGUGUCAUAGAUAAGCCGAGCAAACCUCAGGGACCAGUUGUCGCAAAAGAAAUUAGACAAGAUCGUGUUACCAUAGAAUGGCGACCACCGAUCGAUGACGGUGGCGUAGAGCUGGAAAGAUACACCAUUGAAAAAUGUGAAGCGAGUAAAAAAGUUUGGACAAAAGUGGGUGAUGUUGACAAAGAAGUCGAAAAUUUCUGCGCGCAGAAAUUGCAGCAAGAUGUCGACUACCUAUUUAGAAUAGUCGCUAGAAACGCAGUUGGAGCUUCAGAUCCUUUGGAAUCCGAGCCAAUUAAGACAAGGACUUCAUUCGAACCACCGGGCCCGCCAAGAGGACCAUUCGAAGUUUCUGGAAUGAUGAAAACGUCAUUCACGAUCAAAUGGGAACCUCCAGAGAACGAUGGCGGUACGCCUAUUACAGAUUAUAUUGUCGAAAUAAAAGAGACAUCAAAGAAAGCUUGGCGAAGGAUUGCAAGCACAAAAGGGGACGUCACAAAUGUUAUUAUAUCUGAUUUGAAAACGGACACAUCGUACAAUUUCCGAAUAACAGCUAAAAACAGCGUCGGUACCGGUCCUCCAUACAUAGCAGAAGAAGCGAUUACGGCCGGCAAACGACCGACACCACCUUCAUCCCCUCUAAAUGUCCGAGCGACCAAUGUUACGAGCAAAAGCGUCACUCUCAGUUGGUCAUCACCAGCUACCACAGGAGGAUCAGAAUUGACAGGUUACAUAAUCGAGAAGAGGCCAUUAAUUGGAAAAGGUGCCCGAUGGACAAAGAUUGUCACUUUGGACGCUACAACGAAUCAAUACUGCAUAGAAAACUUGAAAGAGAGCGAGUUUCUCUUUAGAAUCUUUGCUGAAAAUAGCGUAGGACUUAGCACACCAACCAAUUCCGAGCCGAUCACAUUGAAAACUCAUGCCAACGUUCCGUCACCGCCUACCGCUCCGUUAGAGAUGAGGCAAAUUGCAGCGAACACAAUGGUAAUCGAAUGGGGUAGGCCUGAGUCGGACGGCGGCGCACCUUUGGAAGGUUAUAAGAUCGCUAUUAGAGACACGAAGAAGACUAUGUGGAUGGAAGUAGGCAGAGUGAGCGCAGACAUCCAGAAAUUAAACAUUCGCGACCUGCAAGAGAAUCACGAAUAUCUCGUGAGAAUUUUUGCACGAAACGAGAUCGGAUUCAGCGAUCAUCUGGAAUCGGAAGAACCAUUUAAGAUCGUGCCGACCUCAGAACUGUCAUUUGUGGAACCGAUCGCUGAAGCUAUGGACAAGGGCGAGACUGCAUCGAUCAGUUUCAGCACGGAAAACACGAGUUCGUGGUUGCGGGAACAUAAUAUGGACGCUGAUAUACAUUCAUACGCGAGAGCGAGAUUACUUAGAAAAGACGAGUACUUCUUCCGUAUUUGGCAUUAUGCUAAACAGCUGUUUGAAUAAGCAUUUGUAUGUGUAUAUAUAUAAUUUUGAACAUUUAUAUCUCGUAGCCGUACUCUUGUAAUGGAUAUAAUUGAUCUUUUCCGCGUAUUUAAUUUUGUUCUCUUCUUCCCUAGAAAAUUGUAAUAAUGAAUCCAUCUAUGUAUUUGUGCCUAACUGUCAGCGCAACGACGACAGUGCCAUUGAUUAAUUCCUCUGUAAAAUCAAGUUGCGUAUAGCAAUUAGAAAUUAAGAUUCAUACAAGAGACUGGACAAGUGCUUAUAGAGUGCUAAUCUAGUCAGGAUAAAGUAAUCUUUUCUUUAAUAUCUAUCAAAACACUCAGGAAAUGUAUUAAAUAUCAUACACGAGCAAUUCAUUUUUUUAUUUUAGUGCGUUUCAUUGCUCUAGUAAAUUUUACCAUAUUAUGCUCGUGUGUACAGUUUCAAAAAUUUUAUAUUCUGUAGAUUAGCAAAGAUCCAUUGAUUCGGUAUUAUUAAAAUUUUAUCCACGGCUAGCGAGACAGACAACGAAGCGUUAGAUAUCUCCAUAUUCAGAAUUCUCAAAAACUUGGCAUUCUACAUCUAAUGAUGUACUUAUAAUAAUUUCGUGACUACGUAAUAUUCGUUUCUACUUGUAUAAGACAAAGCCACAGCUUGCGAUGAUAACCUUAGUAUUUAUUCUUCAAGCAUAUAGUAUAUUUACCUGUAUUUUAUUUUGUUUCCUGUUACUAUUAUCAUUAUAUACUUAAUUCUGAUAAUAUUGUAAAAAUAUGAUCGAUACAUCAAGAUUAAUGAAAUGAAGAAAUACCACGCGUAUUUGGUAAUACGAGACGUAAAAUAUAGGUGCCAAUAACAUCAUUGUAAUUAACCAACUACGCGUCGUAUACUUCACGUUAUAUUUAUGUUGUAAAAUAUUUUAUUUAUCGAUUAAAUUAUUACGAAUUA